AUGUCAGUACGUUUUGACGAAAGACUGCUCCUCCUCUACCCCGCCCUUCCAGGUGCUGGUGAAGAACGAUGCCCGACGGACUCGCUCUUUCUCCUGGACAAAAUCUGUAGACCUUGUGCUGGGCAGCAGUACCAUCAGCCUCCACCAGCACCUCACAGUGAAGUGGAACGGGACACGGAUAUCCCUACCUUACGACACGCCACACUUUCACAUCGACUUGGAAGGCUACCUCUUGAAAGUGACAACCAAAGCAGGUGGGGCUACAUGAGUGCCCUGGUUCUCAAGUAGUAACACAAGUGUGACAUGUAGCAUAUGGAUGCUUUUGUUUUGUUUUGGCUCUUUAAGCUUUGGUGGUAUUUACAUUACGUUACAUUAGAGUUGUAUCCCAUUCUUUCAGUAUAGAAGCAACACCCAAGGCAGUUACAGUAAAAUAAUAAUAAACAAUUUAAACCAAAAGCAAGAGGAUCUCCCCAUUUCCCUUCCAUGCCAGUUUUGAAUGUGAUCAGUUUUAGGUCUACUCUGUCCCUGUUCUGGAUAUUUUUUGUGGAGAGGGGAAUUCACCCACGCACAAAAAAUCAUAUUUAAAUUGGACACAUUGAUCCCUAAAGUAUGCAUUUUCCAUGCAUUCUUCCCCCAAAAUACAAAUUUGUACUUUUCAGUGCAUUCCCCCUAAAACAAGCAUUUUUGCACGUUUUUUCUGUAAAAUAAUCAUUUGUGUGUGUGUUUUCAAAAACUGAUAGUAUCAUAUAAUUCAGAGAAAUGCAAAAUCCAAUAGAUUACUGUAUUCCAAAUCACAUAUAAUUCAGACCAGCAAAUUAGGUUGGUUGGCUUUAAAAUGCAGACUUGGGAAAAAAAAAUCUUCCAUCCUUAUAUAAAACAUCAGAAUCAGCAUAAGAAUGAAGCUGUGCUCUUCAUGCAUGCCUCAGGAAAAAUUCUCAGAUAAUUUCCUGGGCUCACCUUUUUAAAAAGAAUAAACUAUAUCAGAAUCUGACAAAAGUGUCUAUCCACCUCUGAUGAACCAAUCCAUGUCUUACAAUGCUACAAUACACAGGCAAAGUUUGUGUAAAAUGAACCAGGGAAGCUUUUGCCAACACAAAGGUUUCUCUUUCCCAUCCCCAUCAAAUGAAAUUGAAUUAUCAGAAAAUUUCUACUUGAUGCUCCUCCACCUGGUGUCAAGGCUUACAGGUGUUUAAACUGGGGAUUCCAGGGUAUUGGUUGCCUAGUUAAUGGACGUGGGCAAUAAACACAGAAUUGACUGCUUUGCCAUUGUGGAGUUUGGUUCUUAUAAAAUGACAGUAACUUUGCCAAGUGAACCUUAGGAUUAUCAUCACAGCCCCAAAACGCUUCUGAAGCAGCCCCAGGACACAGUUUGAAAACAACUGAUCUCAGCUGUAGUUACGGCAAAAGCAGAGAUCAGAAAUAAGCAAGCACUGUGCCAGAGGGGCUUGUAGAGUAGGGAAUGAGUUCAGUAAAACAUGUCCAACCCAAACAAACUCAGUAAAACAAAACAAAUCCAGAAGGCUUUAGCAAACCCACCAGCCAACAUGGCCUGCAUGAAAGUUGCUUGCUGAACCAAAAACUGGUGUGAUAUUGAACCCCAAGUGUGCAAGGAAAGCUGUUCUCUGUGCCUCCCUGAAGUGUGGUGUUCUUGCGUAACAUCUGUCUGGGUUUGCUUUCUGCCCAAAUGAAUUGCUUUUGCAACUGGAUUCAGUCUUUUGUGUGCAUGUGCAUCUUGCAUCAUUCAAACCUGAAGCAUGAUUUAAUUGGGAAAUGGAGAACAUCUGGUAGCUACUUUAAAGAAAACAGGUAAAUGGGACGGCACAGAAAUCUGAGGUUGCUGAAUCCUAAAAUUUCAAGAUGCUUGACUAUGUUUUAUUAAAUAAGUUUUAUUUUUAUUUUUCAAAGUUUAAUCUAUGGGUGUCAAAUUGAAAUGAAUUUGAAUUUGAUGGGCCAACUUUCCACCCACCAGAUGGUUAGAAAGAACAUCUGUUCAUGAACAACAAUCCCAGCCUCCUUUUUCAAAAAGCAGCCUGAAGUGCCUGCUUGGGGGCAGAUCUACUCAUAAGGAAGGAGGCUGAUCUCCAGGGCUCCUUCCAACUUUAUGAUUAUAAAUACCCUGGCCUGCUUCUUUCCAAUAGAUGGUGCCUACUUGCCAGACUAAGGCGGCAACUUUCCGCAUGAUCUAGGAGGCAGGAUUGACUUAAUCAAAAGCAGCUUUGAAUUCCUUGACAAAAAGUGGGGGGUAUUUAAAAAAUAAAUAGAUGAUGAUGAUAGAUAGAUAGAUAGAUGAUAGAUAGAUAGAUAGAUAGAUAGAUGAUAGAUAGAUAGAUAGAUAGAUAGAUAGAUAGAUAACCACCCCCUGUUCAUCCCUUCCUCUCCUUCCUUCCCCCCAGCCACUCUUAGGAAUAUAAAAAGGUAAAGGGACCCCUGACCAUUAGGUCCAGUUGUGGCUGACUCUGGGGUUGCGGCACUCAUCUCGCUUUAUUGGCCGAGGGAGCUGGCAUACAGCUUCCGGUUCAUGUGGCCAGCAUGGCUAAGCCGCUUCUGGCGAACCAGAGCAGCGCAAGGAAAUGCCGUUUACCUUCCUGCCAGAACGGUACCUAUUUAUCUACUUGCGCUUUGAAGUGCUUUCGAACUGCUAGGUUGGCAGGAGCUGGGACCGAGCAACGGGAGCUCACCCUGUUGCGGGGAUUCGAACCACCAACCUUCUGAUCGGCAAGUCCUAGGCUCUGUGGUUUAAACCACAGCUCCACCCGCGGAACAUAGGAAGCUGCCUUAUACUGUGUCUGACCAUUGGUGCAUCUUGCUCUGUAAUGUCUAUACUGAAUGGCAGUGACUUUUCAGGGUUCCAGUCAGGUUGUCUCUCCCAUCCUUACCUGGAGAUGCCAGGAAUUGAACCUGGGAGCUUUUGCAUGCAAAGCAAUGCUUGACCACUGACCUACAAGCCUUCUCACAGCAGCAGCAAACGUAUCUAGGAAUCCUGGCAGAAUAUGAUAUGGCGGGGGGUGUAAGUGGCAGGUGGGGAAAUGGUUAAACACCACCUCUUUCCUCUCCCCCAUAAAUUAUGCCACCUGCACUUCUCUAUGUGCUUUUUUAAAAGAAGUAUGGAAGAUUAAAAAAAGAUGUAUAGCAGAGACAUCACCUUGCCAACAAAGGUCCAUAUAGUUAAAGCUAUGGUUUUCCCAGUAGUGAUGAAUGGAAGUGAGAGCUGGACCAUAAAGAAGGCUGAUCGCCGAAGAAUUGAUGCUUUUGAAUUAGGGUGCUGGAGGAGGCUCUUGAGUGUCCCAUGGACUGCAAGAAGAUUAAACCUAUCCAUUCUGAAGGAAAUCAGCCCUGAGUGCUCACUGGAAGGACAGAUCCUGAAGCUGAGACUCCAAUACUUUGGCCACGUCAUGAGAAGAGAAGACUCCCUGGAAAUGACCCUGAUGUUGGGAAAAAUUAAGGGCACAAGGAGAAGGGAAUGACAGAGGACGAGAUGGUUGGAUAGUGUUCUUGAAGCUACCAACAUGAGUUUGACCAAACUGUGGGAGGCAGUGGAAGCCUGGCGUGCUCUGGUCCAAGGGGUCAUGAAGAGUCGGACACGACUAAACAACAACAACAUCAUGGCAGAUAUCCUGCUUCCCAUACCUUGGCCUUCCACGGUUGAUCAUUUAUAUUGCCUCCUUUAACCAAAGGAUUGACGUGAGGCAUAGUCAACAUCUAGAAAGCAUUUAAAGGCUAUCACAGCAUAUCCUGCUGAGCCAAAAACUCAUACACCUGCUUCUUUGUCCCCUACAAAAUAAAGCCUCAGCUCUGGGCUUGCUCAUCAGAGUCGCAAGAUGGGGGGGAAGAAUGUAUGUGGCUGUCUGUGGAAUGCUCACAAGAGGAGCAUUAUUCAUAAGCUCUAAUUAAAAGCAUCUUGAGCGUCUCUCUUCACUGCCAGCUGAGUUAUGAAAUUCCACUGAAUUCCUGAGAGCCAUUCUGGAUGCUUUAAAUUGACUAAAAUGUGAUUCUCUUGUUAUUCCGAUUGUCUCUUCUCUCAGCUCAGUAAACUACAGCAAGCAUCAUUGUCUUGGUUUUGGCAGAGACUGGGCAAACAUGGCGUGUAAUGGUUCACUCAGUAGUGUGUAAUUGAAGCAUAUUACUAUCCAGAUAAUUUCCCCUUUAACUAAAAGGGCUCAUAUUCCUCACAGUGAAUUCCACGUCUAAUACUUUGCUCCUGAUAUUAGUGGCUGCACAAGAGCAUGCAUGCUUAGACUGGGAUGUUGCAAUACUGGGAUAGAUAGAUCCAAAGUCUGCCUCAGUAUAAAACAUGUUGGCACGUUCAAGCCAUUUUGAGUUCAUAUGUUAAGAAAAGCACUGUGAAAUAUUGGCUAUUCAAGGUGUUGGGCACAGGUGUUUACCAGAUCUUUUUUGAAAAACUAGCUUAUUUCCCUUCUGAGCCAGUUUUACACAGAUUUAUGCAUAUGUAUGUUCUGUCCGGGAUGCGGGUGGCAUUGUGGCACAGAGCCUAGGACUUGCCGAUCAGAAGGUCGGCGGUUCGAAUCCCUGUGACAGGGUGAGCUCCCGUUGCUCAGUCCCUGCUCCUGCCAACCUAGCAGUUUGAAAGCACGUCAAAUUGCAAGUAGAUAAAUAGGUACCGCUCCGGCAGGAAGGAAAAAGGCGUUUCUGUGCACUGCUCUGGUUCGCCAGAAGCGGCUUAGUCAUGCUGGCCAAAUGACCCAGAAGCUGUACGCCGGCUCCCUCAGCCAAUAAAGCGAGAUGAGCGCCACAACCCCAGAGUCGGUCAUGACUGGACCUAAUGGUCAGGGGUCCCUUUACCUUUACCUGUGGUGUGUGUAGGAGGAGACAUAACUCCAUGGCAGAACAUAUGCUUUGAAGGCAUUAGGUCCCAGUUUCAGGCCCUGUCAUUCCCAAUGUAAAAGAUCUCAGACUAGAAAUCCUCCAAACUGGUGCUCUCCAGAGUAGCCAGUGCUAGGCUUGAUAGACCAAUGUUCCAGUUCAAUAUAUAAGGUAGCUGCACAUGUUCACAUGCUGUAUAUACACUGAUACAGGUUAGCUUCUUUCCUUCUUGCUUUCUUUUUUAGGCCUGGAAAUCUCUUGGGAUGGAGACAGCUUUGUGGAAGUCAUGGCUCCACCACAUCUUAAGGGCAGGCUCUGUGGCCUAUGUGGCAACUACAAUGGACACAAGAGAGACGACCUGAUCGGAGGCGACGGGAAUUUCAAGUUUGAUGUGGAUGACUUUGCCGAGUCGUGGCGUGUGGAGUCGAAUGAAUUCUGUACUCGCCCUCCAAAGAAACAGUUUCCAGAACUGUGCCAAGGAACAGUGAGAGUAAAACUCCGCGCCCAUCGGGAAUGCCAGAAACUCAAAGCAUGGGAUUUUCAGACGUGCCACUCAACUGUGGACUACACUACAUUUUAUCGGUAAGCUUAGCAAAGUAGGAACCCGCUGAAAAUCCACUGGAAAUGAAAAAGGAGGUUGAGGGGACAGGGUUACACAAGUAGUUAGUAAAGAAUGGUAACUAUGCUAUGUAAGACACCUUAAGGCAAAAGAGAGGGGUAAUUUCAGUCCACAGUGGGUCAAAAUGUAUUCUCCUCGUGUCAGUUUUGAAAUACUGUUGAGGUAUGUGGGACUGAAAUUGCAGCCCAGCAAAUAAGUUAGCCAAGACUGCCAACCCCAAAAUACUUUUGCUUAGCAAAGUAGGAAAUAAAUAAACUUGCCAUUAAGCAACAGUCAAUUUGCUCUGAGGAAGCUCACACUGGAUAUUGGCUAGUAUGCUAUUAAGAGGUUGAUAGCAAGGAGUAGUCAUCAUUGUCAAGAAAACUAAUUGACACUGCCUAUUAAAGGUAAAGUAACAAAACUCAACCCCAAAUGACAUAAAAGAGGUAGAAAGCUUGGCUGAUAUUUCUCUCAAAAAAAUUGUUUGUUCUGUAAAGCCAUUUGAAGCUAAAUAGUAUCCAUUUGAAAGGUUCACAAUAUAUUUUCUAAAGGGAUUUGUGCCUUCACAGCAAGAAAACAUUGCUAUGCAUGCUGAUAGGUUGAAAAAAGGAUUUAAUGGUCAUUGAUGGUGAAGGUUUAUAAAUGAAAAUGGUUUCAAAUGAUAAUGGAUAAUUUCUAGCGGCUUCCCUGAAUGAUCACCUAGCUGGGAUUCUUAUUUACCAGAGGGGACCAGACAAGUUGCUAUUCACAAGCCUGUCCUGUGAGCAUUUAAAACACAUCUGCUUAGUGUGGUUGUAUUAAUAGCAUAAUUUGCUCAUUUGAGUAUAAACCAUGAAAAACACUUUUCUGAGAUUAGCUUUAUCUGCUAGGAUGACAAAGGGAAAAUCAAAUCUAGGUUCAUCUUAGUCCAUUGAAAUGUUAACACAUUUCUUCAUCCAAACUAUGAGGACAUCACUUUCUGUUUCUUGAUUUGGACUGCGCAAGGUGGGUAGAAGUAACUGUGCUUCAGAGUUUACACAUCUGUCAUGACUGUGCUGGCAUUUCUCCAAUGUUUUCUGCAGUGAAGUUUUCUACCGCUCCAGCGGGAAGGUAAAUGGCGUUUCCGUGCGCUGCUCUGGUUCGCCAGAAGCGGCUUAGUCAUGCUGGCCACAUGACCCAGAAGCUCCCUCGCCAAUAAAGCGAGAUGAGCGCCACAACCCCAGAGUCGGCCACGACUGGACCUAAUGGCCAAGGGUCCCUUUACCUAUAUUAUAUACUGAACCUGAAGCAAUGCUGAAAUAUAGUUCAAAAAAGAAGAAAGGGUAUUUUGUUUUCCUUUGUUGUGCUAGAUCAACAAAGAGCAUUAGGAAUGCUUGUGCAAUGUUGUCUGUAUUUCGGCAACAGUUUAAAUUUUACUGCUGCCAUUUUUCACAGGUAAGUGAUGAAAACUGGAAAUGAGGACCAGGUACGGAGGAAUCAGGCUUUAUUUCAUCAAGCACAGCAUCUGCGCUUUUCUUUCCGUAAUGGGGAGUUCCCCCUAUUUCCUCUUCUUAAGGUUCUUAUGAUGAAUUUAGUGUACUAAAUUUCUUGACACCAGGAACAAAAGUGAUUUAUAUCUUGGCAAAGGCAGAUACCAAACAUCACAGCAAAAAAUGAUGUGCAAAGGUUACCGUAGCUAGUUUCCUCUUUCCACAAUAGAAAAUAAAAUUACACGUGGCCAGAAUUUUUGUAAAGGUUAUGUCUUCUGAAGAUUAGGUGCUUUACUUCAAAGAGCACGCUAUUGCUAAACCAUUUAUGACUUUAAAAAGAAAAAUCCAGGCCCAGCUUGAUCAGAAGAACAUCUUACCCAACAUCCUGUUAUCCACAGUCACUGCCGGAUUUACGUAUAAGCAAAACAAGCUAUAGCUUAGGGCCCCACUCUCUUGGGGCCCCCCCAAAAGAUUAAAGGGGGGGAAAACAACUGGAUGUACAUUUCCAAAAUAUAAGAUAAAAAGCAAAUAAAAUAAAACCUACAUACAGCAACAGUGUUCUGUGUAGGCUCCUAUGAUGUACGUAAUGUCAGGAGUUCAGCCUACACUUGAGUAGGACCCUGGCAGAGACACAUACCUGAAUGGCAUGUUCUCUCCCUCCUGGUCGAUUGUUCGGGAGCUUCAAAAGCUUUCUUCAGCCCGAACAUCACAGCGACCGAUGCCAACCGACACCGCAUCAUGCGUGACAGACCUCAGCAACUCAGCAUUUUGGCUAAUCUACUUUUAUUUACAUAUAAACACACACGGAGCACUGCAACAUGGCUCCCUCUCUCUCUAGCAUCAGACAGCAAAGAGAAAAAGAACAAAGGACAAUAAUCCCACUUCAGGGAACACAGUAACACAAACAUCCUGUCUCCGUCACAUCCCACUCUGUGGAGUCAAAACAUAUACUGUUAUGUGAUAGACAAAAAUCCCAUGACUGCAAUAAUGGAGCAGGAGUUCUAACAAGUAAUGGGCCCCACCUGCUAGCCUGCUCCCUAAAAUAUCACUGGCUUGCUCAUUUCCAUAUAGCAUAUAUUCAACACAAAAAACAGAGGCAAUUUGUUGUUGACAAAGGACAGCUGGACAUAUAAAGGGUCCCAUUACCUUCAGUAGCUUAGGGCCUCAUCAAACCUAAAUCUGGCCCUGUCCACAGUGGUCAGCCAAAUGCCGAUUUAUCUGAUCCCUUUGAAAUAGGGAAAAACUUAAACUUAUAUAUAUAAGCUGUCUACAUAGCUGAUCAGCUGAUCACCACUAAAUUUGUAACAAAUUCCAAACAAAGUACUUCCUUUUUGCCUGUCCUCAAUCUCUUGCCAUGCAUCUUUGUUGGAUAAUUCUGGUUCUAGAAUUAUGAAUUUCACUGGCAGGUGAGGCGGGGUUGGGAGAAAAGGAAGUGCUGCUCCACACACACUGCAUAGUUACAACUACAAGUGGAAGUGAUGACCACCAACUCUGAUGGCUUUAAAAGAGGAUUAGGCAAAUUCAUGGAUGUUAAGGCUCUCUGUGGGUACUAGCCACACUGACUAUGUUCUGCAUCCACUAUCAGAGGCAGAAAGCCUCCAAAUGGCUCCGAAUCAUAGGCGGUAGAAUGUGGUUGUGUUUGGGUCCUGUUUGCUGGGCUUCCAUGGGCAUCUGUUGGCCAUUAUGACAACAGGAUGCUGGGUUUGAGGAGCCAUUGACCUGAUCCGUCAGGCUCUUCCUUUGUUGUUGUUGUUGUUGUUUAGUCAUUUAGUCGUGUCCGACUCUUUGUGACCCCAUAGACCAGAGCACGCCAGGCACUCCUGUCUUCCACUGCCUUCCGCAGUUUGGUCAAACUCAUGCUGGUAGCUUCCAGAACACUGUCCAACCCUCUCGUCCUCUGUCAUCCCCUUCUCCUUGUGCCCUCCAUCUUUCCCAACAUCAGGGUCUUUUCCAGGGAGUCUUCUCUUCUCAUGAGGUGGCCAAAGUAUUGGAGCCUCAGCUUCACGAUCUGUCCUUCCAGUGAGCACUCAGGGCUGAUUUCCUUCAGAAUGGAUAGGUUUGUUCUUCUUGCAGUCCAUGGGACUCUCAAGAGUCUCCUCCAGCACAAUAAUUCAAAAGCAUCAAUUCUUCGGCGAUCAGCCUUCUUUAUGGUCCAGCUCUCACUUCCAUUCAUCACUACUGGGAAAACCAUAGCUUUAACUAUACAGACCUUUGUCGGCAAGGUGAUGUCUCUUCCUAAAAUGGUUAAAAAGUGCAGGUUUGCACAUAAUAGACUUUUGGACCACAAACUUUAUAGAUGACGUGCAAUUGUAUUGUGUGAAAAUGAGGUGAGCAUCCUCGCCCUGCCCCGGGUUGAUUUUUGGAGGUUGAGUUGUUCUGCAGAUUUAAUGUGUUAUGAAAGGAGGAACAUUCUGUAGAUUGCAGGAUUGUUGGCAGGCCCGUUGCUUUCUUUCCAUUCCAAUGUUUUCUGUUUGAAACUUGAGCAGAAACACUGUGCCAUUUUUAUCCAGAUCAUCAACACUCUCUUAAUUUUCACUACAGUGCUUUUUAAGAGAUCUAUUGUUGAUAAGUUUUCUGAGAAAUAUAUCUGUGCGAGAACAUUUAAAAUUAUGAUACGUUCUGAAAUACCAAAAAAGGCAAUCAACCAAGCAUUUCAGCCAUCUUAUGACAUUGUGUUAACAAUGCAAUUUCUGUGAUGACAUCUUAACUUCAGUUUUAAGAUUCUUUUCUUGACUUGUGAUUUAUUCCCUAUUUAGGAAUCCAAAGCAUACAGCAACACCGCUAUUUGGGUUAACUUUUAUGUAUGCAAAACUAAAAUUUUGAGUUGCAGGUUGUUUGAAAAGUGCCCAAGGAACAGUGGCACCAUGUAAGGAAAAGGUACAGCUUUUAGUUCCUUUUCAAACUACAAGCAGUGAUUGCAUUACGAGUUUAGACUCCCCUUUACUUUCUGCUCAUUAUUCUAUUAACAAGAGCAUCCUUAUUAGACUACUUUUAAGGACAUGGUGUGGGUUCCCUACCUACCUCCUCCUGUAUGUGCUGUUCCACUUCCUGUCAGGUAUAUUCAUGAGCAGAUCUACCCCACAGUAAAUCUACUUGCUUGAUGGUGAGCCAGUAACAACUAAAUGCAGACCAUAUUUUAUCAGUAACCUGAACAUGCAGGUUCACAGUCAAAGUCUCUCUGCAAAUGGUAUUUUCUGGAGGUAUUGCCAAAGGUAACACCUUCAGACUCGCUAGCAUGUACUCCUUGUGUUGAUUCGGGUUGGUCAGGUGGUAGAGUCACCAUUGGCAGGGCAUACUCAUAUGAUGGCACCAUACACGGUUGUGACUUGUGACAGUUGCACACACUGCCCCGUGCUGUGGGAUCAGACUACAGGGAAGUGAUCAUCCACUGAUAGGUUAAUGUGUAGGAAAUGGGUGUGCAAAAUUCUAGUACAAGUUGUUAGUGGGGGGGGGGGGGGAGGAAAGUGGGCCACAGCGGAAGGUAGCCUGAAUGUUUGAAACAUCCCUCGAUAAUUUUUUGAAUUUCAUUGUUAAAAUUAAAUAUUUUGUUAUUUUGUCAGGUUUUUGUGAAACAGAAUUUACAAGAGGUUCCAUAAGUGCUGUCUUUUAUGCAGGUAUAAUGUCUCCAUAUUCAAAUGCUGAAAUUUUAGUCUUUCAAAUACCUGUUUAUGUGCCUUAUGGCAAUGCUCCAGUUAAUGUGACUGCAACAAUUAGUCCCAAAUUAAGAAAUCUAAAUGAGACUUUAUGUGUAACAGUCUCUUGUUAAGGCGUCCCCACCAAUGGAGGUAUUUUUCUUUUUUCUGAAAUCAGUCACAGGCUGCCAAGUGCACAUUAAUUACAAUGGUUAAAUAGUAUGUUCAUUGGCAUAGAAGAAAGUCACAUACCUUGUUUUUUUUAAAGGUGCAUUGCUUUUUAAUCGCCUCCACACAGACAUAGAAAAGUAAAAGCUGAUAGACAACGUGGUAGUUGGCGUCAUUUAAUGUAAUCAGUUUUUGAAGCACAUUUGGUAUGAUGCAAAUGCAAUUAAUUUAUCUGUCUUAAAUAAUCCUGUGUAACAAGAGAAACACUGUUAGAAAAAGAGGCUGCUGUGGAAAAAAAACUAACAUUUAAGUAUGCAUGGAUGGAGACAUACAACGUUUCCACUAAUCUAGAAAAUAUUCAGACUAAAACUAAGCAGGAAGAUCUGGAAUAUGCCCUAGCCUUUGAGAGGAACACAAUAAUGUAGGGCGUUCCCCCUUGAUUCUGCCUUACCCUCUGUGCCCCAAACAUAACCAGACCAACACCUGGGGUGCACAUGCAAGUCUACAGCCAAUCCUGAGCACAAGAUAGAAGUAAUUCCCAUUGAAUUUAGUGAAGCUAAAGCAACUUGCAUACAAGAUUGGUCAUUCAGACUCAUGCGAGUGAAGUAGAAUUUGCUUUAUGCAACUCUUUAUAUGUGGUGCCUUCAAGGUAUGGAGUGUAUUAAAUACCUAGGAAUCUAUGUAAUAAUAAUAAUAAUAAUAAUAAUAAUAAUAAUAAUAAUAAUUUAUUUAUACCCCAUCCAUCUGGCUGGGUUUUCCCAGCCACUUUGGGCGGCUCUCAGCAGAAUAGUAAAAACACAAUAAAACAUCAAACAUUAAAAACUUACUUAAACAGGGCUGCCUUCAGAUGUAUUCUAUUUUUUUUUUAAAUGAUAUUUAUUAAAUUUUCCAAUAAAAAGAAUACAUCAAUAAAAGAUUAAACAUGAAAACAUAGAAAAGAAAUACACAAUUCAAAGAUACACCAUACAUAAUCCAAAAAAGAAAAAAAGAACAAAAGACAAAAAAAGAAAAGAAAAAACAGUUAAAAACAGUAUCACCUUUUCAUCUCCAUUUUUAAGUUUACUUAUUUUCUGGACCUCCUCAUACCUCCCUCUUUUGUAUUCCAGUUCAGAUUGUUUGUCCAGCAAUUUCUUUCCCUCUUUUUUAAUCCCAAUCUUUAAUCUUAAUAUAAUAUAACAUUAAAAUUUUACCUCUUAAAAACCAAGUUUCCAUUUCCUUAAACUUUUUUAAUCCUAAUCCUUAAUCUUAAUCUAUCUAUAACUUUAAAUCCUGUACAGCUGGAAGCCACUUGUUUUCAAUCCAACAUCACUCUAACAUUCUUUAAUUUUGCAAUGUUUCUGCAGAUAGUCUUUGAAUUUCUUCCAAUCUUCCUCCACCGACUCUUCUCCCUGGUCGCGGAUUCUGCCAGUCAUUUCCGCCAGUUCCAUAUAGUCCAUCAGUUUCACCUGCCAUUCCUCCAGUGUGGGAAGCUCUUGUGUCUUCCAAUACUUUGCAAUGAGUAUUCUUGCUGCUGUUGUUGCAUACAUAAAGAAAGUUCUAUCCUUUUUUAACACCAUUUGGCCGACUAUGCCCAGGAGAAAGGCCUCUGGUUUCUUGGGGAAGGUAUAUUUGAAUACCGUUUUUAAUUCAUUAUAUAUCAUUUCCCAGAAAGCCUUAAUCUUUGGGCACGUCCACCAAAGGUGAAAAAAUGUACCUUCAGUUUUUUUACAUUUCCAACAUUUAUUAUCGGGCAAAUGAUAGAUUUUUGCAAGCUUGACUGGAGUUAUGUACCACCUGUAUAUCAUUUUCAUAAUAUUCUCUCUUAAGGCAUUACAUGCCGUAAAUUUCAUACCUGUGGUCCAUAACUGUUCCCAGUCAGCGAACAUAAUGUUGUGUCCAACGUCUUGUGCCCAUUUAAUCAUGGCCGAUUUUACCGUUUCAUCCUGAGUGUUCCAUUUCAGCAGCAAGUUAUACAUUCUUGACAAAUUCUUAGUUUUGGGUUCUAACAGUUCAGUUUCUAAUUUUGAUUUUUCCACCUGGAAGCCAAUUUUCUUGUCCAAUUUAAAUGCCUCCAUUAUCUGAAAAUAAUGGAGCCAGUCUCGCACUUUGUUUUUUAGUUUUUCAAAACUCUGCAAUUUCAGUCUAUCUCCAUCUUGUUCCAAAAUUUCCCAAUAUUUCGGCCAUUUGACCUCCAUAUUGAGCUUUUUCAAGGUUUUCGCUUCCAUUGGUGACAGCCACCUUGGGGUUUUGUUUUCUAAUAAAUCCUUGUAUCUUAUCCAAACAUUAAACAGCGCUUUCCUGACAAUGUGGUCAGAUGUAUUCUAAAUGCACAACAGCAUUAAGGGUGUGUGUGUCUUUUUUACAUAACAUUUAGCUACCAGCCCUACAACUUCUACAGUUUGGUUCUGUAAUUCCACAGUACAGCUCAUAGAGACUAUUUAUAAUUGCGUGGACAGGCGGAGUCCCCAGAUCCCGCGCGGUCCCCCCGUCAUGUGGAAUAACGACUCAUGACAACGUGCUAUGGGAUUAAAUUGGCCACAACUUUAUUAAAUUUCAAAUGUGGGUAGACCUUGGCUCAGGCAUUGGGCGUUCUCCUCCCCAGUCCCCAGCCGGGGACCUAGGGAGCAUCAGGGUUAUCCAGUGUGGGGGGGGGAUGGGCCAGCUCUGGAGAACAUAUGUUCAAGCAGAGAUAGCCGCCCCCGUUACGCCGCCGCCGCAGGGGAGAGCAAUGACAACCUUUCGGCGUACGGUCAGAGCCUCCCUUCAGAAACCCCUUUAACGGGGAACCCUGGUAUUGCCGCCGCAAAGAGGAAGAUGGACUAAAGGAUUCCACCCAAGGCCUGAUACCGCCAAAGUUGUGACGUUUUGCUACGGGAAAGGCAAAACCUGCCAAUGCAUGGAAAUUCCUUUCCGGCCCUUUAACAGCGACCUUAACGUAGCAGCGCCCGCAUACAUGUGAAGAAAAGUUAACCUGCAAAACCUGUGAAGAAAAGUUAACCUGCAAAUAAGACAUUAACUGAGGGUGGGUAGGGUGGGAGAAGCUCUGGAGCCAAGUGAGGAUUCCCAGGUAAGAUCCUCCCUCUAUUGUGUGGGCAGGUAAUCCCUCCCCUACCUGGCCUGGUCUCCUUGGCAACGCUUCCCCAGGUGGGAUUGGACAACUGACUGAGGUAGGCGGAGACCUCCAGGUAUCCCACCUGAGGGAAGGCAAACCAAGCCUAUGCUGUUGGAGCCGCUCCAGAUCUAGGGGCUGCGCGCGUCCACGCAAAGGGCGCCCCCCGUUUUAAGCGGGGAGCGGUCAUUACUCCUUGUUUAAAAACUUUCCUUAGUAUUAUUUUCUAUUACUUUGAACACAGUCACAGAUGUUUUCAACCACCCAACAAUACCAUUGGCUUUUAUGCUUGCCAGUUAGGUGAUAUCAGGGCUCAACUCAGAUUAGUAUUUUUCAGAAGAUCCCUGAACAUCUGCCCAUUAUAAGGCAUUUUAUACAGUACAGAGAACUAUACUUGUCUGUUUUAUAGAAGUACCCCAGGAACCUUGAAGCUGGAGGAAACCCACUGCCCCCCCCUUUGUGUUUGUGGUUAUUACAGCUGUAAAACAUUGAAACUAUGCCAGAGGAUUCACAGAUGUCUCUUUCCCCAUUGAGAUACUGGGACUGGGAUGCUGAGAAGGAGGGUGUGCGGGUUGGACAUCAGAUUCUGACGACCGCAGCGCUGGACAGACGUCACUCACCUGGGACUCCCAAUGGCUUCCUUCCAGUCUAGGAAUGGCGUAUCUCCCCUGUGACCCACUCUACUCUCUCCCUCUUUGGGAAGCUAAUGAUUUUUGUUGUUGCUCUUCAGGAGCUGGGAAAGAAUUUAUAGGGAAACCAGAUGAAGAAGCAUACUAUUUUGUAAUUAGAACUUAGAAGUUCUUCUUGGUUAAAAAAGAUGGCAUGUCAGGAAUGCUCCUUUUGGUCCCCCCUAAUUAUACAAUGGUACCAUGUUUCUAUAUUAAGUAGAUAUGGUUUCUUAGCAGGAACACACAAUUCUCUCUCUAGUUAUUCUGCGUGCUUGUUAUUUUUAUCCAGCAGAAAUCCCUAGCUUUUUGGUUCAUUACUCGAGUCAUUGAAAUCUGAGUCUGAUGCUUCAUAAGCAUCUGCUGCCCCUCCCUGUCUGAAGAAUGUGCCUGCAAUUCAGAGGGUCAUUUGGGUAGGUCCCUAUAGGCAGGGGGGAAAUGCUUUUAGAAAGGUUUGGGCAACCAGAGCAAGGGGGAAUAGGCACUUCUUUAGGUGCCUGCAUGCAGUGAGUUGAACCCUCAGAAGCAUUCCCUACCUUCCUUUUAAAUUGCCAUUGCCUGUCACAUAGGUUCACUUCCAGCAAGAUUCAUGGUCAUGGUGGCUUUCUCUGCCCCCUCCUCAUGCAUCAAGCUAGCCUUCCCCAACCGGAUGCCCUCCAGAGGUUUUGGACUCCCGACUUCCAUCAUCCUCUGCCAGUAACAGCCUAAGUUGGUUUAAAUUAUAGCCCAUUGAAAUCAAUGCAACAAGUUAGCUAUACGUAAGUCCCAUUGAUUUCAUUGAACACUAAGUGCAAAUAAUAAUAAUAAUAAUAAUAAUAAUAAUAAUAAUAAUUAUACCCCACCAAUCUGGCUGGUUUCCCCCAGCCACUUUGGGCUUCUUCCAGCACAUAUAAAAACAUAAUAAAACAUCAGGCAUUAAAAACUUCCCGACACAGGGCUAACCAACUUAGUAUGGAUCCCGUGCUUUGGUUGUGAUGCUUGCAUUAAAGUCCUAUUUAUUACUAGCAGUUGCUAGAGCAAUUAUCAGUUAAAAAAACCCAGAAAACCCUACUUUACAAUUCUUUACACUACUUUACCCUCACUUGCCUAAGCAGAGGUUCAUAACAUGCCAUAGAAUCAUAGAAUCUUAGAGUUGGUAAGCAUCCAAAGGUCAUCUAGUCCAAGCCCCUGGAAUGCAAGAAUCUUGGCUAAAGCAUGCAUGCCAGAUGGCCAUCCAACCUCCAAGGAAAGAGGUGCCCAAAACUACUCAGUGUCAUGGCUGAGAGAGGAUUUGAAGUCUCAAAACUUUUUUGUGAGCCAGUGUGGUGUAGUGGUUAAGAGCAGAGGACUCGUAAUCUGGUGAACCGGGUUUGCUUCCCCGCUCCUCCACAUGCAGCUGCUGGGUGACCUUGGGCUAGUCACACUUCUCUGAAGUCUCUCAGCCCCACUCACCUCACAGAGUGUUUGUUGUGGGGGAGGAAGGGAAAGGAGAAUGUUAGCCGCUUUGAGACUCCUUUGGGUAGUGAUAAAGCUGGAUAUCAAAUCCAAACUCUUCUUCUUCUUUUACAAAGCAGUGGCUAUCUCUAGUCUCCAAGAAAACAGAUGAGCUCGCAGCCUCAUUAGGACCAGGAGUCCCUGCUUCCAGAAGGCAAUAGUUAUAUACUCUCCAAGAACACUGUAGCAGUCACGUAGAUUUCAGUUGGAGCAUAUUUCACUCUGUCAAUUACACCUAAUCUUGACUGUAGUCCAGGGCUUCUUCAAACUGGUGUUCUCCAGAUGUUGUUCAUCUACAGUUCCCAUCAUACCUGAGUCUUAGCCAUGCUUGCUAGGGCUGUUGGGAGUUUUAGUCCAAAACAUCUGGCGGGAACCAGGUUGGAGAAUAUUUAUUCCAUCCUUAGGGAAACACAGCAUUGACAACAGAGUGCUAAGUAGCACACACUCUCCCCCUUUCCCAUUGUGAGUAUAGCACCAUGGCUUUUUCAUUCGGCUACAUGCAAAAUCAGGGUAAAAACACCCACAUUGGCUACAUACAAAACCCCCUCUAAACUACAUCACAAAAUAACACAUUAUUAUACCUCAUCAUUUCUUCUUUUGAAAAACAAAGAAAUUUUCACUCAAGGUAUGCAGAUUAGCAAGCAUUUUUUAGAGCACUCCACUAAGUGGCAGACUUCCUAAUAUCUAUGCAGAAAGGUUGCAGCAUUUUAGAGAAAAUGAGAGUAAGAAGCAACAUGAUAUAAGUUUUAACAAAAUUAUGCAUGGCAUGGAGAAUGUGGGUGAAGUUUUUCUGCUUCCCUCGGUGCUAGAAUUUGUGAAUAUCGAAUGAAACUGAAUGUUGGAGGUUUGGGGACAGAAAAAGAAAGAGUUUCUCUACAUGAUGGACUUCACUCCCACAGGAAGAGGUGAUGGCCACCAAUUUAGAUGGCUUUAAAAGAUGAUUAGACAAAUUCUUACAGGUAAAAGCUGUCAGUGGCUACUGGCCAGUGGUGGCUAUGCUCUGCCCUCACAGUUGGAGGCUGUAGGUUUCUGAAUACCAUUUCCUGGAAACCAAAGGUGAGGAAUAAUAAUAAUAAGUAUUAGUAUUUAUUAUUUGUACCCCUCCCAUCUGGCUGGGUUUCCCCAGCAACUUUGGGCAGCUUCCAACAAUGAUUAAGAAUACAUUAAAAUGUCACACAUUAAAAACUUCCCUAAACAGGGCUGCCUUCAGAUGACUUCUAAAUGUCAGGUAAUUAUUUAUCUCUUUGACAUCUGAUGGAAGGGCGUUCCACAGCGUGGGCACCACUACCAAGAAGGCCCUCUGCCUGGUUCCCAGUAGCUUUGCUUCUCACAGUGAGGGAACCCCCAGAAGGCCCUCGGCGCUGGACCUCAGUGUCCGGGCAGAACAAUGGGGGUGGAGACGCUCCUUCAGAUAUACUGGGCCGAGGCCAUUUAGGGCUUUAAAGGUCAACACCAACACUUUGAAUUGUGCUCAGAAAUGUACUGGGAGCCAAUGUAGGUCUUUCAAGACCGGUGUUAUGUGGUCUCGGCGGCCGCCCUCAGUCACCAGUCUAGCUGCCGCAUUCUGGAUUAGUUGUAGUUUCCGAGUCACCUUCAAAGGUAGCCCCACGUAGAAGGUGUUAUUGCAUCCUGCUAACAGGUUCCCCACAGGUUCCUCCCCAUGAGAACAAGAUGUUGGACUAGACAGGCCAUUGGCUUGACCCAGCAGACUCUUCUUAUGCUCUUAAGUUCUUAAUGCUUAAUCUGUUCUGUGCUUGUCCCAUUUUUAGGUGCACACUUAAACAUCUUACGGUUACACCUGAAAAUGUAACGUUUAACUGAAUGUAACGUGAAAAUGUAACGUGUAACUGAACUGCAGUAGAAUUCAAAUAUAAUUCCCCAAAUAAGAACAUGGUAAACAGCUUAUAUCUGCUCAUUUGCUAUUUCUGUGGGCUGCUGCUGGCUUUCAGAUUCAUAGGGCCUGAGGGGAGAUUUUUCCUUCAUGACCUGACUGAUUGGAUUUGAAGAUUCAGUGACUAAACAGAAGAAGAGUGUGUUGGUAUGACUGGGUUUACACUUCAGCCUAUACUGACUGUAGGGAAUCGCUGUUGUUAAACUCCAGACCUCUGUGAUUUUGCCAGAGUGGUUCUUCAGCCCUUAAAUAAAUGUUGUGUACUCUGGGUAUGUCUGCCUGUGUAUUGGAGAAGCUAAGGGACUGAGAGAUAGCUUUCUUUGUUUUCUCAUUUAAGCUUUACAACCAAAAACAGCUGAAGCACCAUUUGGGAAACGGAUUUAUAUGAAUUCCUCUUACUGGAAAUGUUUAUACUUUCUUCCUGAGAAAUAGCCCAAGUGUCUUGAUAUUAUAGCAUAAGCUUCAAAUCUGUGCAAGUUGGAAGGAAAUGGAAGGGAAGAGAGUACCUUUGCAGAGAACCUUAGCGUAUCAUUCCCUGUGAAGAAGUUUUGAAAAAUGCCUGCCAUGUAGUUGGAUCUCUUUCCAAGGCAAAUAUAUAUCUUUCAGAAAUAUUGCUGCGGACUACAGAGUUAAAUGCCUUUUGGGGCAUUGGAGAGAGAUGGGGAUUACUUAGCAGCAUUUGGGGAGGUUGGAGGCAAAAGAAAAAUCACAUAGGAUCAACUUAAACAUUAUGAUUUUUUACUAAGUGACUCUUGGAAGCUGUUGGUAAUCCCUGAUUGAUCUGUUUGAGACUUAACUUAUUGUUAGGUCAGUUCAAUUCUCUGGGAGGGAAUUUAAAAGAAGAACAUACUCUGUCUGAAAUAAAAUACGUAUUGAGUGUGCCAAAUGGUGGAAUUAAGGCACAAAAUAUAGGAAAUCCUUCUUAGAAUUAUUGAUGACUAAGCUACUUAGCUUGACAUUAUUGAUAGAAAUAAAUAAAUAUUACAUUGAGUUUCUUCCCAGAUGUGUGCCCUGUUUCACUUCCAAAUACGCCAUUAGGGAUACAGUGGAGCCGAAUAGCCUUCCUUCCCCCAACUCCUGUUGCAGCCCCCCCACCCCCCCCGUUCCGGUCUCUGAUUCAAACUUACAUUGCAGGAGGGUGGGGAAAAUUUGAUGCCGUGCGUCCAUUAGUCCCUUGAUGUUACCUCAAUUUUUGGGCAUCUUCCAAAGCCACUGGGGACUGGAAUAAAAAUAGUUCCCAUAGAUCCUGACACUUGGAGCAAACUGACCCUGAGGCAGUUUAGAUGUUCUGCCGAAUAGUGAGGAGAAUUUUUCCUGUAUCUCAAGACAAAUCCGUUUAUUGUGAGGACCAUGCCUGUACACAAACAUUAACACAACAAUAGUUAAAAGAUAUUAAAAUUCAUUACAUACUACGCCAACAAAACCUUCAUCCCACAAAAUAGAAAGAGAGGGAAAACGAGCAACGAGUUAAACAGACGAUGAAGGGGUCUUUACAUUGUCAUCCAUAAGUCUUUCCCUGGCUUUCAUGGCCUUUAUCACAAAAACCGCUACCACAUGGGUAAUACGUGGGUUUGCAUCAACUAACAAAAAUUUUACUCUAUCUUCAGGAUUGGUUAUAGAGUUGGGUAUAAUUUGCAGCAAUGCGUCUCUAAAGCUCGAGUAGAUGGGGCAAUAGAGGAGGUAAUGUGUAAGAUCCUCUUUAAUUUUCAUAAGGCAAGGGCAUAAACGAUGUUCUACUGGGGUUUUUGUGAAUCUACCGGUCAGAUAUGCAGUUGGCAGUGUUUGAAACCGUGCCAUAGUGAAAGCUCUCCGAAGGGUGGGGUCAGUGAUCUCCACCAAGUAGUUGGCACAGAUUUUGACUGCUUUUACUCGGGAAACCAGUAGGAAAACCCAGAGUUUUUAUCUUUGUGGAGUCCAAAAGGCGUCUUUUUCAAAGAUCCAUUCCCGAACUUUAUCAGGGCUCCACAAUUUAAGGGUAUUAAACUCAGGUAGAUUGUAUCUGGAUAGGAUAUCUAGUAGGUUUAUAUGCCAAGUAGUAUUAUUUUGUAAUAAUACAAAGGCUUGUUUAGCCAGUAAGGUGUUCGGGGCAUCUGUGAGGUUGGUGAAAAAACGCAGGAAUCUUAAAUGGGCCCUGGCAGACACAGAAGGUAAUCCUACUUCCACUCUUAGGAGAGCUGCCGGAGUACUCUGAGGGAGGCCUAGAAUUCUUCUGAGGUAAAAAUUUUGGAAGAUUUCAAGCCGUUCUAACAGCUUCUGAUUCCAUCCCCAGAGUUCUACUCCAUAUAGCAUCUGGGGAAUCACUUUUCCAACAAAAACUUUUAAUGCCGGGAUCACCAGUUGCCCUCCCCUCGAAUAAAAAAAGCUGAGCAGGGCACCAAUUGUCCUACGUGUUAGAAGGGCUACAGUCUUGAAGUGGGCAAGCCAGCUAGAUGUAGCUUGGAAAGUGAUACCAAGAUAUUUAAAAAAAAGACACUGUUCAAUUUUGUGUUCAUCUAAAGACCAUCUAAAUGUGUGGCGAGCUCUAGUAAAUACCACAAUUUUUCCAUUCAUCUAAUUCUGGUCAGAAAUAUGAGUCUCAAGAAGAGUGGUAAAAUUCCUCCCAUCGGAAGCUACAUAACAGCAGCUUACCUUCUGGUUACAUGAGCACCAUGGUAACUUAUAACUUGGGACGCGGGUGGCGCUGUGGUGUAAACCACUGAGCCUUGGGCUUGCUGAUCAGAAGGUCGGCGGUUCGAAUCCCUGUGACAGGGUGAGCUCCCAUUGUUCGGUCCCAGCUCCUGCCAACCUAGCAGUUCGAAAGCACAUCAAAGUGCAAGUAGAUAAAUAGGUACCGCUCCGGCAGGAAGGUAAACGGCGUUUCUGUAAGCUGCUCUGGUUUCGCCAGAAGCGGCUUAGUCAUCCUGGUCACAUGACCCAGACAAACUGUCUGCGGACAAACGUCAGCUCCCUCGGCCAGUAAUGCGAGAUGAGUGCCGCAACCCCAGAGUCGUUCGCGACUGGACUUAACUGUCAGGGGUCCUUUACCUUUAAUUUCUAACUUAGGAAAGACUGAAGUUUUUACAGGGAGCCAAGGCAUGAUGUCAUGGGAAUUGUGUCUGGUGGUGUCACACAGGGUUCCAUCUUGUCCUCCAUGCUGUUGUCAUUGGGAGGUUUGGAGUGAAGAAUUGUCAGUAUAUACACAUGGCACCCAUUCUAUCUUUGUCCAUCUGAACUGAGAGAGGCUAAAAUAAAAUGAAGGCAAAUCCUGAGAAGACAGUAGUGUUACGUGUUCUGAGUUCUCAUGUCUGGGAGAUGUCUGCUCUGUACAGGGCUACACUCCCUGGAAGCAGCAGAUAUUCUUCUUCUUCUUUGGUGAUCUCCCAUAGCCGAGUAAGAUUGUCUUCCAUAAACACAGUUUUAACAAUGAGUUCGUAAAUGACUGUGAAGGCCAAUUUUGGAUCCACAUGUCCUUCCACAGUGGGGACAUUGGUUUCCGGGUGGGAGUUGAUCACCGUGUAGAUUUGUCAAGCGUGCCUUCCUCUUAGCACAUUUCUGCCUUGCGUCCAGAGUUCGAAUGUCUUCAAAGUCCAUGACACCUUUGGUAAAGGCUGUUCUCCAACUGGAGCGCUCGAAGGCCAGUGUUUCCCAGUUGUCGGUGUUUAUACUACAUUUUUAAAGAUUUGCCUUGAGACAGUCUUUAAACCUCUUUUGUCGACCACCAGCAUAACGCUUUCCAUUUUUAAGUUCGGAAUAGAGUAGUUGCUUUGGAAGACGAUCAUCAGGCAUCCGCACAACAUGACCAGUCCAAUGAAGUUGACGUUGAAGAAUCAUUGCUUCAACACUGGUGAUCUUUGCUUUUUCCAGUACACUGAUAUUAGUUCGCCUGUCUUCCCAAUUGAUGUGUAAAAAUUUUCAGAGACACCCUUAAUGGAAUCUUUCGAAGAGUUGGAGAUGGUGUUUAUAAGUGGUCCAUGUUUCACAAGCAUAUAAUAAGGUUGGUAGUACAAUGGCUUUGUAAACAAGCUUUGUAAACAAGCAUUUGCAAAUGUCCCGGUCCUCAAACACUCUGCUUGCAGUUCAACAGCUUGCAGGUGUCCCCAGAAUCAGCAAAGUCAGUGGAUGCUCAGGUGGUCUCAGUGGCUGGGAGUGCCUUUUACCAGCUCCGUCUGUUUCCCCACCAGCAGCUCCUUUUGGACAAAAAUUACUUGGUUGCUGUACUCCAUGCUGUGAUAACUUACAGAUUGGCUUUUUGCAGUGUUCUGUAUAUGGUGCUGCCCUUGAAGAUGACUUGGGAAUUUCAGUUACUCCAAAAUGCAGCAGCUGGGGUUGUUGUGGUUAAUUUAAUUUCUAUACUGUUCUUCAUCUGACGAUUACAGGCGGUUUACAUUACAAAACCACAUAAUGUACAUAAUAUAAAAACAAAUAAAACCAAUACCCCCAUCACUCAGUUUGAAAAGGCCAUAGAUCGUUUAAUUCGCCAAAGGGGUAGGUUUUUGAUUGGUGCCUAAAGAUAUGGAAUGAAGGAGCCAGACGAGCCACCCUGGGGAGAACAUUCCACAAGUGGGAAGCCACCAAAGAAAAGGCCCACUCUCCUGUUGCCACCCAGCACAAAGAAGAGCCUCAGAUGAUGGUAUCAGGGUCCGGGUCGGUUCAUAUUGAGAGAGGUGGUCCUUGAGGUAUUGCAGUUCCAUUUAGGUCUCACAGAAGUGUUAUAAAACAGCUGCAUUAGUUGCUAGUUGUGGCGUUCGUCUGUUCUUUUGGAAUGUCUGUACAGGAUGAGAGAAAGAGUUAAUAGGUAGACCAAUAGAAAAGCCAGAGGCGGAGCCUACCUGUUUAUAAAAAGGGCUUAGCCCGAGGUUUAGACGGUUGGUUGGUUGGUUGGUUGGUUGGUAAGAAGCAGUUGGGAAAGCCGUUGGCAGACAGAUGGAAAUAGACAGUUCGUGUGAGGGGAGGUAGAAGAGUUAGAGACCGGACAAAAUAAGACUAAGAGGGUAAAGGGUAACAGCGUUUCGAAUGCAUUUAAAGUUUAUUUGUGUUUGCAAUAAACUACACUCUUCAUUGUUAACUUGAGAACCUGACUGAGGCUAUGUGAUUUACCGGGGAGAACCUGGUUGGUGGCAGCGGAUUAGUGGUGUAUGGGUCAAUAGUCCAUGAGACGACCAGGGGGUCCAUAUGAACGCCACACUAGUUCAUUUCUAGAUCCAAUUCAAGGUGCUCAUGUAAGUGUUUUAAGCCCAAAAUGACUUGGGCACCAAAUAUCUGAAAGACCCCUUCCUUCCUACAGACCUUCUUGGGUGUUAAGAUCAACAGAGGGGAUUAUCUCAAUAGUUCCACUGCCCUCAGUAGCUCUGGGUGGCCGUAGCGGCCCAGAAAAGGACAUUCUCUGUGAGAACCCCUAAGUUGCAGAUUUGCCUCCCCACAGAGGUGAUUCUGGCAACUUCGCUUUACAGUUUUCAACAAAUGCUGAAUUUACCAUACCUCUGAGAUGUAUGCUUUUAGGACCCACCAUCUUUGUGUGAUUGUAAGUUAUUUUAAACUGUUUUUAAUGUUACAUUUUAAAUUGUUGUAACCCACCCUGGGAUCUUAUACUGUUGGUUGGGUAAUAAAUUAAAAUAAUAAUUGAUAAGGCAUGUAUGAGGAACGGACUACAACUCCUGGCUAUGAGGAAGAGAAAAAUAGCAAGAGUAGACCCAUUAAUAAACCUGAGACAUUAUGCUGUUGCCAUUGUGUGCAGUGGCUAAAAUGUCUGAAAUUCAAAUGGUUGGAUAAAAUUGAAAUGCUAUUAUCAAAGAUGAGGCUGGAUCCAGUUUUCAUUCCCAUGUACAACUGGUGUAAUGCUUAGCCCUACAAAUCCAGGUUGUGAAAAUUAAUAUCAAGCCACUUCUCUUAAGACUCUUUUAAAGAGAGAACUGUUUUAAAUGUUAAGUUAUUCCAGCAGCUGCUUUUUGUAUGUCAGCUCUCAAGUGUAGCAUACAGUUCACAAAGACAGUGAGUGUUUGGAAUAGGAACUGAAUAUUUAUAUUUGUUUUUUAAAAAUGUAGAAGAGGGAAGGCUCCGUGGCAGAGAAGGUAAGGCUUAUAGAGGUCAUUUGGAAAGUCUGUCUGUUAUUUAUGCUUUGCCUUUUUAGGUGGUCUACAACUAUUAAUUAAUUUAUACAGGACUCAUGGGAGGGAAAUCCAGGACUACCAUGUUAAUUCAGGAAAACUCAGGGUCUGUCCUGGGAGUUGCUUUUCUGGUCAAAAAAUAAACAGAAUACACAAACAUCCCAAGUGCAUACAUGACCUAAUGCCAGAUCUUUCUUCCAAACUGGUGGCUUUUAGUACAAAAUCAUGACUGUUCUACUGUAAGCUUCAAAAAAGCAUUGCAGUUGAUGUUCCACACCGUCAGUGCUGUUGCACUCUUUCUGCAAGUUUAUCUCGCUAUACUCCAUUGUCUUCAGUGCAGAUGACAGCUGCUAUAUUUAACAAGUUAAAUAAUAGUAACAAUAAUUUAGAACACAUAAUAGCCAAGUGUUUAUUAGUCUAUUAUUUUAUCGGAAGUUUGCUUACUUCCUCUUUAAGAAAUUGGAUUUAAGCAGAACAUUUUCACAUUAAUAACAAGGAACUGAUCCCACUUGCUUUGCAAACUGAAAUUUCCCAGAAGAAGGUAUGUUUUAAUUGAAUAGUAAAAACCACAAGCCAUCUUGUAUGUGCGGUUAAUUUUACUUGGGCAUAGCAUGUUAUAAAGGCAGUGUGCUGAUGGCUGAUGACUUAAACAUUAAUAAUAAGAAUUGAUGUUCAGACAGGUAGCUCAGAUGUAGCUGUUAGAAAACUGCUUUAUUUAUUGGACAUGUACUGUCCAGAUUUUAUAACUUCAGCUGUUUAUCUAGAUUAGAUAUGCCAAUAUAGUCCCUAAUCAUAACUUGUUGAGAAUGAACAAAUCACCUUCCUCUUUUCCCAAAAACAUCACAAUGGUGUAUGUACCUGGUGGAUGGAAGGCCUGAUGUAAAUAGCACUUUACGCUUCUGAUUUCCAAUAUAUUGGGCAGAACUGAAAAUAGAAGAACCGAUUAAAACCAGUCAAUCAAUCUAUCAAUCGAUUUAUUGUAUGUAGUCAAAGGCCUUUACAAUGUACGGUGGGGAUCAGAACAAGGCUGAAAUCACAUAUCAUUGUAAAAACCAGUCACAUUUUGUGUAUGACACAGGUUCUCGUGAACUUUGCACUCAGUGAUGAUAAUUCAUCAUUUUGUUCUACUGAGGAAAUAUAAAAGUGAAAGUAUAGUGAAAGAUGAUCAGUAUGAAUCAAGGUGACAGAAGCACCGCAGCAGCAGGUGAGCGUUGCUUAUUUUGUAAGUUUGCUGCUUACAACCUCACCUGUAUUCAUGCGCAAAGAAGGACAGUAGGUAGAAUGUUACUCCAGUAUCCCUACCUAUGCAAACUGUGUAUCCCUCAACAACUAAUAUCCUGCAGAUAUAGAAUAUGGAUCCCUCAGAGCUGUAGACUGUCGCUUGGCUGAAAGAAAGCCGUGGGAUCAGGCCCACAGCACUUAGUUUACCUUUGCCUUUUAAUUCUCCUCAGACUUUUCCUUCUGAUGUCAGCCUUAAAUUCUGUUCCAUUAAGACAGAUGUUUUUCUCUAAUGCAUCUUACAGACUGUGUUCUUGAGCAGGACUGGAAGACAGCUUGCUGUAAUUCCUGCAACUAUGGGCCUUUGUAUUAUCUCUUUCCCAUGCAAGUUGCAGACAGUUCUUCCACAGGCUGCUCAUCGAAGGAUGUCCUUAAUCCAUCAUUCAAAAGUAUUUAUUUAAAUAUUGAAUGCCUUUCUUUCUCACCCUAAGGUUCCUGUACAGGACCGUCUUUCUGAUUACUGAAUAAUAGCUCCCCUCCUCCCUUUCCUCUGUCAAGGGAUUUGUGUCAAGGUUUCCUCACAGAGGAGUAACAACCUUAUAGAUUAUGGGAGUUGACAGGUCUUGUGACAUUCAAGGUGAUGCCAUUUUCAAUGUAUUUGCUCUGGGCUGACACUGAUGCUUGUCCCAGACUCUUGAUUCCAAAGUAUAUGCCAUUUGCAUGAUGUAUAGUAAUUAUAGAUGGAGCAGGAACAAGAUCCAUAACCAAGAUGGGGCCUAAAGGCAAACAGAUUACGCUGAAUGGUUAAAAGUUUUUCCAGAUGCAAAGGAAAUUGGGAGAUUGAAAUCUUCCUUUGCCCUUUAUAAUGGAAGCCAAGUUGGUAUUAAACAAUUACUGGUUUCUGUUUUGUGGUCCAUAUGAAGAUUUAUUGACUUGAGAGCAAAUAUUGACUGAGAGGGAAAAAUCCAAGUUCGCUGUUUACCCCAAGGCGCUAUAAAUUCAGAUGCUAACUGAAAGCAGAAGUUUGUGUGUUAGAGACAUUCUGCUGCAAUCUGUUUACAGUACAGUUAAUGGUUCUUCCAAUAAUCAAAACCACCCCAAAGCUUCCUAUGUAGAACUACAUGGCACAAGCACCAAAUGGGCAAAAGGGGAACGGUGUUUUCUUUUCCCCUGAUGGUGCUAAAGAUGGUACAUGAAUUGUGUAUGUGGCUAAAUGUUACUUCUCUCCUCGGUUUCUCUAAAGUAAUGAUUUCUAGAUUGUGUCAUGUGAGAUGGGACCAUUUCCUGUCCUGGGGUUAAACACUUUUAUCACGGAAAAUGUGCAUUUUGUUACAUAUGAAAUGUGGUGUGAAUAUUUUUCUGUUGUGGGUAUAGGGAUUGGGUGCAGCUAAAUCACAUAAACUCUUCCCAGACAGCAUAUUAAAAGUGCAAGGUGGGAGGGGAGCAAGAUCAUGCCUGCUGUCCCUGCUAUCAGCUAACAUGCAUUUGAAAUCUGGGGCUCUUAUUGUGUGAUUCAGGGUUCUUUUUCAGGGUUCCUUGAGAACUGUAAACAAUACUGUUGUAAAUUGCUCUUUGCAACAAUUCAAAUGUAGGUUGGAGCAUACAUAAGCCUGCUAUCAUGAUCCUCGCCUCUCCCCGCCCCCCAUGUUCAGUUACUCGAUUGAAUGUCUGAAAAGAUGUAUAGUGACUCUAUUAUGUGAGCACCUGUAGCAGAGAAUACAUAUGUUCACCUCAGUGAAGGACAAUGUAAAUUAUGGACUUGAGUGUGCAUAAUAGAUGGGAACAAUAUAAAAGGUCAUUGGCAUCCAAGUUACAAAAUGAAGGAAACAUUCCAGGGAAAGGAAUAUCAUUCCCAGUGCAAUUAAUAGGUUAUUAGGGUACAGUUGUGCAUUUCUGUGCCAUUUAUCUCAGCAUAAUGAAAGUACAUUUAGCCUUCUUUGGAAUAUGCCCUUUAUUUUUAACUCUAGAUACUCACAGCUUUCUUUCCUGUUCAUCAGAUGAGAGUAAACUCUUGAGAAGAACCAGUUUUCGAAUACCUGAAAGUCAUUUCUGCAUCAGACACAGUGCCUAAGCACAGCACUGGAUUUAAUACAUUUUAAAGAGUAUUAGCAACUUGGUUGAAUUCAUCGUGAUAGUAUUGAUGAAACAGCUGUGAGAAUACCUUGUUUAUUAAAAAAAUGUUUUAUCCAGUGCCCCAACUGGAAAACAUAUAUUCAUAAGGCAUCUGCAUUCUUCAGCAAACUGGGAUUUCAAAAAGGCUUGCAAUGUAUUUUGAAGUAAAAUAAUGUAGUAAGGAAGGAGGGCUGGAAUUCUUGAAUGUGUCUCAGUCACGGGUAUAUACAUUAUCAACUUGCCUUUAGUGACUAGAUCAGCGAAAACUGCAAUAAGUUUGACAUGAGACACUUGCUUCCGCUUUAAGACUUUGCUUGGCAACCCCCCUGAUAGGUUGCAAAUUUAAAUACAGAACUGUCCUUUUUGUUCUGGAUGAUGCAGAAAUUAUAAUGCAAGUGGCAGGGGCACACUGAAAUACACAACCCUCUGGUUGCAGCCCAGAAAAAGAUAUUUCACCUAAGCCAUUUCCCAGAGUGAAUUAUUCAUAUGGAUUUUGCAAAAAAUGUAACUGCCCAGAAGCUUCUCUAAAAAUGAGGCUCCUUGUGUGUUUAGGUUAAAACAGACUUCCACAAUUUUUAGCAGAAUGUAGCUCAGCAUCGUUAUAAAUUGACUGCAUCCUGUGAAAAUCUGCUUCCAGCCUGUUUAAUUGUCUUUCUCAUUUAUCUGCAUUAGUAUAUCAUGGUAAGAGAUGGGCAAAAAGAAGCAUUGCAAUGCUUCUUGAGGAACCAUAUGGCAGUAACAGUUCAGAUUUCAUAUUGUAUUUUAUAUUGUACAGAGGAGUUUGUUCUCCAGAUAUAGGUCAGUUGCAGUAAGUUACAGAAGCAUAAGAGAUAGAUUUCCGUAUCAGGACUCAAAUGUAUAUAAAAUAUGGAAUACUGCCAUCAAAUAAAGGCAGCAAAAACAGAGAGGAAAACACCUGGAGCUGAAAUGGAAUCAUAUUUCUAAUUUACUUCCAACUCAGUGUCCAAAUUUCAGGGUUGGUUUCGUGGUGAUCUCCUAAAGGACUUUAGCUGAUGCAACGCACACACUUCUGGCAGAAAAGCAGUGUUUUAAAAUGUGAUCUCAUGGUUGAAUCCCAUCAGGUCUUGGUUACUUUUCCAAAAGACUGCCACCCAGGGUCAGUCUUUUAAGAGGGGUAGUGGGUGCACUGAAUUUAGGUCUUCACCUUGGAAUGGCCUGCAAACAGUUUAUUCUCAUUGAGCUGGAAGGCAUCAGCUGUCACUAUUGUUAAACCAAUCAUUAUUGUUGCAGGAAACCUAAGCAUGGAAUAGCUGUGGCUGUGAAAAACUGAUACUGAAGGUAUGAACCCAUGUAAAAGUGGCUGGCAGACUGAAUAAGAGACUUUCAACUCCAGGUUCCUGAAGUUUAGUUACGCUUUUCAGUAAAAAGUCUGCUCUGUCUUUACUAAUAUAUUGAGAGUCUCACAGUUGUCCAAUAUGAGAAAAUAGGGUGUGCUGUCAGCUUGUCCAACAUAUCAAUCUGAGUAUCGUGGUACCUCAGGUUAAGAACUUAAUUCAUUCUGGAGGUCUGUUCUUAACCUGAAGCACCACUUUAGCUCAUGGGGCCUCCUGCUGCCGCUGCGCCGCUGCACAAUUUCUGUUCUCAUCCUGAAGCAAAGUUCUUAACCCGAGGUAGUAUUUCUGGGUUAACGGAGUCUGUAACCUGAAGCGUAUGUAACCUGAAGCAUAUGUAAACCGAGGUACCACUGUACCUUCAUGGUGUGUUACAAUAAUAAUAAUAAUAAUAAUAAUAAUAAUUUUUAUUUAUACCCCGCCCUCCCCAGCCAAGGCCGGGCUCAGAGCAGCUUACAAGCAAUAAUAAAAACAAGUUAAAUGAUUACAACUUAAAAACAAAAUUAAAAAUACAACAUUAAAAUAUUGAAACAUUAAAAUAUUAAAAUGUAGCCUCAUUGCAGGAGGAGAAGGAAAAGAAAAAAGAAAGAGAGGGAGAGAAUCAAAUUGGCUCCAAGCCAAAGGCCAGGCAGAACAACUCUGUCUUACAGGCCCUGCAGAAAGAAAUCAGAUCCUGCAGGGCCCUGGUCUCAUGAGGCAGAGCGUUCCACCAGACUGGAGCCAGAGUUGAAAAGGCCCUGGCUCUGGUUGAAGCCAAACUAACUUCCUUAGGGCCCGGGACCACAAGGGUGUUGCUAUUUAUGGACCUUGAGGCUCUCCAUGGGGCAUACCGGGAGAGGCGGUCCUGUAGGUACGAGGGUCCUAGGCCAUGAAGGGCUUUAAAGGUCAAAAGCAGCACCUUAAAUCUGAUCCUGUACUCCACCGGGAGCCAGUGCAGCUUGAAAAGCACUGGGUGAAUAUGCUCCCAUGGCAGAGACCCCGUGAGGGGCCUCGCUGCAGCAUUCUGCACCCGCUAGAGUUUUUGGGACAGCUUCAAGGGCAGCCCCGCGUAGAGCGAAUUACAGUAGUCAAGCCUGGAGAUGACCGUCGCAUGGAUCACUGUGGCCAGGUCAGGGCGGGAAAGGUAAGGGACCAACUGCUUGAUGCGGCAAAGGUGGAAAAAUGUCGCCUUGGCUGUUGCUAUAACUUGCGCCUCCAUGGAAAGGGAGGCGUCAAGGAUUACACCCAAACUCUUAACGGAAGGCAAUGGCACUAAUUGGGCCCCCGCAAGAGAAGGGAGUUGGUCCCUCAUCCCCAUGCCAUCCCAACCCAGCCAUAGGACCUCUGUCUUCGAAGGAUUUAGUUUCAAUCGGCUCCCACGAAACCAUCCAGCCACAGCUUCCAAGCAUCUGGUCAGUAUCAGCUUAUCUACUGCAUCAGUAUACAGUGGUGCCUCACAAGACGAAAUUAAUUCGUUCUGCGAGUUUUUUCGUCUUGCGAGUUUUUUCGUCUUGCGAAGCACGGUUUCAAUUUUUUCAAAAAAAUCUUCAAAAACCUCAAAAAAGGCUACCACACCGCGUUCUAUGAGUUGCUCCCCAAAGUCAAGUCGCAACUGCACCUCUUCAAGCAAUGCACCCUGUAUUACAGUAACGGUUUUAAGAAAAAGGAAACAAACUUGCAAGACGUUUCCGUCUUGCGAAGCAAGCCCAUAGGGAAAUUCGUCUCGUGAAGCAACUCAAAAAACCCAAAACUCUUUCGUCUUGCGAGUUUUUCGUCUUGAGAGGCAUUCGUCUUGCGAGGUACCACUGUAUCUCCAUCAGUGACCCAAAUUCAGUAUUUAAAAAGCCAUGGAGUAUUUACUUGGGAAUCUUUAUUGUAUGACCUAUUUCCUGGGUGGGUUAAAACAAGAGUGUGGGGUCUUGUGCUCUGUCAACUUUGACCCUAUUCACUGUUGUGUCUGGGCAAGACCCUUCAAUGUCUUUAAACUUAAGGGUGCAAAUGUAGGUUCAAAAUUCAGCAUCAAAGCAUCCAUUCUGCAUAAAUACCACUGGGGAAAACAUUUAGAGGUAACUAACGUGCCAGCGGGGUAAUAUUGCAUGCAAUAUAUUGUCAACCUGGUUCAGCUCAGGACUUUGUUGCACUACUUAUCGUUUUGUGUUGCGGUCUGAGGAUUCAGCUAAAUAGUUAACUCCUCAUCUAGAUAUAUAGCCCAUUGCUAGAAGAUAAAACUGUUGCGGGAGACAGUAACACUUACGCUGAGAGGCAGUGACAGUGACCUCAUAAACCUGAGAGAUGAAUUUUGCGUUAGCAACUGCUAAAACAAGUAUUCAGAUAUGGGAAGGGAUGGUAUAAUAGUAUGGACCUUGUUUCCUUUAAAAGACAUCAGUGUGCAUAGUGGUUUUUACUGUUGUUUAGUCGUUUAGUCGUGUCCAACUCUUCGUGACCCCAUGGACCAGAGCAUGCCAGGCACUCCUGUCUUCCACUGCCUCCCGCAGUUUGGUCAAACUCAUGCUGGUAGCUUCCAGAACACUGUCCAACCAUCUCGUCCUCUGUCGUCCCCUUCUCCUUGUGCCCUCCAUCUUUCCCAACAUCAGGGUCUUUUCCAGGGAGUCUCUCUUCUCAUGAGGUGGCCAAAGUAUUGGAGCCUCAGCUUCAGGCUCUGUCCUUCCAGUGAGCACUCAGGGCUGAUUUCCUUCAGAAUGGAGAGGUUUGAUCUUCUUGCAGUCCCUGGGACUCUCAAGAGUCUCCUCCAGCACCAUAAUUCAAGUGCUUUACAGAGUAACAAAAGCCCCUCACAGCUUCACUUUGACAGGAAACAACAGAGGGGGAAUGGGGGAAUGGUUGGAGGAAGGUAGCAUGGCUUGGAUGUGCAAAAACGCAGUUGCAUGUUAUUCACGCUCCAUUUCAGUUGAAGAUAGAAAAUAAGAGUCUAACUAGAGGACAGUUCGAGGGGACUCAGGUGGUGCUGUGGUCUAAACCACUGAGCCUCUUGGGCUUGCUGAUUAGAAGGUCGGCAGUUCAAAUCCCCACAACGGGGUGAGCUCCCGUUGCUCGGUCCCUGCUCCUGCCAACCUAGCAGUUCAAAAGCAUGCCAAAAAGUGCAAGUAGAUAAAUAGGUACCACUUCGGCAGGAAGGUAAAUGGCAUUUCCGUGUGCUGCUCUGGUUUCGCCAGAAGCGGCUUAGUCAUGCUGGCCACAUGACCCAGAAAAACUGUCUGCGGACAAACGCCAGCUCCCUUGUCCUGUAAAGUGAGAUGAGUGCCGCACCCCCAGAGUCAUCUGCUACUGGGCUUAACUGUUAGGGAUCCUUUACCUUUACCUUUUUAGAGCACAGUUCACAUAUGAAGCUGCCUUAUGUCAGACCCUGGCCCAUCUAGUUUAGUAGUGCCUGACAGUUGCUCUCUGGGGUUUCAGACAGGGAAUCUUUCCUAGACCUACCUGGAGAUGCUGGGGAUUGAAUCUGGCACCUUCUGCAUGCAAAGCAGAUGUGUUCUCAUUGAGCUGCAUCCCUCCACCAGCCAUGCAACUUCUAUUAAUCCUUGUCCCUCAUCCCCUCUAUGUCUGGUAAUGUCUGGUUUUACCCAAUGCAUUAUAUAGCAUCAUCACCCUACCUGCAAAACCAUCCCUGCUCCCCUGAUCAUUGCUGUCAGUUGCAGCGACUGGGAAGCUUACUGAGCAAUGACAUCACAUGUUUUCACAUCUAAAACUAGAUGUUAUCAUGAACACACACAGAGAGCGCUCCCUGCCUCUUGUAAUGUCUAGUUAAACCCCAAGGGGUUAUGCCUGCGAGACUUUCCUCUUCCGUAAGCCAGUGCUCAGUCGCUGCAUCAGUGCACGGUUUCAGGACAUGGUUUUAGGCCAACAUUUGUAAGCGGGCUGCAGACAGUUACUCAAGCACAAAUGGUUAUGAUCAGAGUGUCAAGAACCAAGUUAGCAAGCAUAUCAGCGGUCAUCUUCUUAAUCCUUCAAGUACCAUUUGCUCUGAUCCUCUAACUUAGGUUUUCAUUCAUUCAUGACAAAGCUGACAACAAGGCCUUGUUAGACUCAGCUCUUGAAGCAGUGCCCUAGACCUGAACUUUACAUCAUGGUUUCCAUUGGCUGUCUUGUGUGUAUCCAUGUGGAAUUAUCCACUGGCUCUGCACAAGGUUUCUCGCUUAGUCUCCAUUGCCCAUCUAAUUGGCAACGGGCAGAAAGCGACUUGUGUGUGGAGCAAUAAGCUCGCUCUUUGGCCCGCUGCUUUCUGGCAAACUGUUCACACUGAUCUUCUGUUGGAUUUUCAACCACUGGGAAUUUUUGAGAGAGCGAGAGAGAGUUGGAGGGAAAUGUUUACACAGGUUAAUUUAAAAAAAGAGAGAGAAUUGCUUCCUGUUCAGUUUGAUUACUGAUGUGCAGAGGUUAGUUCCAGGCUGCUGAGCCUCUGAGGGUUGUGAAAGGGAUGUAAAGACAAGAGAAACAGCUGGAAGCCUGAUCUGGAAAUCACAAAUAGUAACUUGUUUGUCACUUCCCAGAUCCCUGGUGCAUGCAUUUUCUGACUUGUUUGCUGUGCUAGUUUGUGAUGUCUGGUGAGACAAUAAAAUGAGUAUGGAGUGUAAUAGUUUCAGCUUUGUUCAGUGACUGGUGUCCAAGGGAUUUUUGUAGGACAUUUUGAGGAAGAAGUCCAAUGCAUAAGCAAAUAGUGUUGGCCUUGUGUCUUCAACUUUUACGUACAGCAUAGUCUAAAUGUAUUGCACUAGACAGUCCCUUGGAGAGGAGGCUGAGAAUUUGAGUGACAAGCACAGAAAAAUGGACUAACUUAAUAGAGUACUUUCUUAGGAGUAUUGCCAUAUUGCAAUAAAACAAAGGUCUGUUGUUUAUAUGAUUGCAUUUGUUUUCUGAUACUAUCUAGCUAGUAGACCAUAUCUAAUUUCCUUGACAUACUGUGUAAAAAGAAGUCAGUCUUCCUGUUGUUUUUCAGCAGUUGACUAGAGCAGCUUGGAGUCCCUUCCUAAGCACCUUCUCCUUUUCUGAACACGUGAUGCACAGAAAGGCAAAGGGAGUUUUCAGGGUUGCUGCAAACCUUAAAGGGCCCUGGGUGUAGGCUGAGUGUAUCUUAAAGGUAAAGGUAAAGGGAUCCCUGACCAUUAGGUCCAGUCAUGGACGACUCUGGGGUUGCGGCACUCAUCUCGCUCUAUUGGCCGAGGGAGCCGGCGUACAGCUUCCGGGUCAUGUGGCCAGCAUGACUAAGCCGCUUCUGGUGAACCAGAGCAGCGCACGGAAAUGCCGUUUACCUUCCCACUGGAGCAGUACCUAUUUAUCUACUUGCACUUUGAUGUGCUUUCGAACUGCUAGGUUGGCAGGAGCAGGGACCGAGCAACGGGAGCUCACCCCGUCGCAGGGAUUCGAACCGCCGACCUUCUGAUCAGCAAGUCCUAGGCUCUGUGAUUUAACCCACAGCGCCACCCGCGUCCUGAGUGUAUCUUCGGAAGUGCCUAAGUCCCAUAUCAGAUAUGAACCCCCCUGUUCCCUCAGAUUCCCUGAUGAGGUUCUCCUCCACAAUUCUGCUGUCCAGGAGGUCAGAUCUGCCUGAGGCCUGGAGCACAAUAUAGGGUUGUCCUUCUCUGCAGUGAUACUCACUGUAGUGAUGCAGUGAAGUAGUGAUGAAGUCCCUUUGCUUUUAACUUAAUGUUGACAGGUUAAAUUGUUCUCAUAUACUGAGGCUUGUGUUGCUAUUUUUUUCUGGUGAUAUUGUUUUUACAGCUCUUACGUUUCAUUUUUUAUUUUGAAUAAUUUCUACAUUACCUCGUGCUGUAUUGGAACAACGAUAAUUAAUCAGACUGAAUUAGUGCUGUUUGGUAAUGCCCAUCACUUGCAUGGAGUUGACAUUCUAGAAAAUGGUUCUGUUUCCUAUGAAGGAGUGUUAAAUCAGAACUUUUAAAAGUCAAAAGAAGAUCACUGAAUUUUUUACCUUUGUAAUAAGACUGCUAUUUUGUGUAGAGGCCACAGGACACUUGCAGUAGCAAAAAGUAGUAACAUCCCCUCUGAUUAAAUAUCGGUUGCUUCUCAGCAGUCCUGAGUUACUUCUGCUCUUUGAGCUUUGUGCUUUGCUUCCUGCCCUAAAAACUGUAUUGUCGUGUGCUGGAAACAGGUGCUGUGGUUUCUAACCCAGAAGCAGCUGACUCUGGUGCUCUUUGAAGUAUUCCUCCCACUGUGUCUUCCCUCACGCGGAUGUUAUGUGGCUUAAUUAAUUUGGGACAAGAUCUGUGACCUUUGAAUAAAAGACAUUAUGGAUUGUCCAAUAUUAUAAUUGCAGCAAAGCUGGUGGUCUGUACAGAUGUUCUUCCCGUGUUGUUGCACAGCUACUUAAUGGUUUCCUACAGAUGUUCCCAUGAGGACACAUAUGUAUAUUCUUUCCAUCUUCCUUUUAUGACACCCAAGACCUAUUUUCUAACAUUCUUUUUAUUGUUUAAUGUCAAGCAGCAGAAGCAAUGAAAACAUUCCCUGCACUUAGCAAUGUUGGUUUCCUCACCUUUUUUAUUUAGAUUGUGAAUACCGCGUAGGCAGAGACUUCCCUCCUUAAUGGUAUACCCCGUACCACAAACAACUGUGCCUGCAGAUGUUUUUCUACGUCUCUUUCUACUUUUGUGUUCCGUUUCCUUUGUGGUUUUCAUUCCCACAGUGUCUGAUUCAUGGGACUCUUCCUCUCCUGUGAGUACCAUGUGGCAUUUGUCAUUUCUGCAGUCCUUUGGCAGUCGUGAGGAUGGCCGGCCCAGAUGGGAUCAAGAACUUGGCUUCCUGACUCCUGCUGUUCCGGUUGCUGGUGCUUAUGAUUUGGGGUUUGAGAAAGAUAUCUAAGAGUAGGUUACUUUUGGCUCUGGGUGCUACCAAGCAUUACAUUGUGUGUGUGUUUCACACAGCAGCACAAUGUGCGCAUUUCACAGGAAUGAGUGUAUCAUGUUCCUGAAAAUUCCUUCAUGCCAACCCAUGCUUAGCCAAUUCCCAGCACUGGUAAAACACAUUUAUUAUAUUUAUAUCCCACUUCACAGUUGUCUUACAAAUGAUGAAAGCUUUUAUUUUUUAAAGCAAACCCUUGUUGUUGUUGUUUAGUCGUUUAGUUGUGUCUGACUCUUCGUGACCCCAUGGACCGGAGCACGCCAGGCACUGCUGUCUUCCACUGCCUCCUGCAUUUUUGCCAAACUCAUGCUGGUAGCUUCAAGAACACUAUCCAACCAUCUCGUCCUCUGUCGUCCCCUUCUCCUUGUGCCCUCCAUCUUUCCCAACAUCAGAGUCUUUUCCAGGGAGUCUUCUCUUCUCAUGAGGUGGCCAAAGUAUUCAGGAUCUUCAGGAUCUGUCCUUCCAGUGAGCACUCAGGGCUGAUUUCCUUAAGAAUGGAUACGUUUGAUCUCCUUGCAGUCCAUGGGACUCUCAAGAGUCUCCUCCAGCACCAUAAUUCAAAAGCAUCAAUUCUUCGGCGAUCAGCCUUCUUGAUGGUCCAGCUCUCACUUCCAUACAUCACUACUGGGAAAACCAUAGCUUGAACUAUACGGACCUUUGUUGGCAAGGUGAUGUCUCUGCUUUUAAGAUGCUGUCUAGGUUUGUCAUUGCUUUUCUCCCAAGAAGCAGGCAUCUUUUAAUUUUGUGACUGCUGUCACCAUCUGCAGUGAUCAUGGAGCCCAAGAAAGUAAAAUCUCUCACUGCCUCCAUUCCCCCCCCUUCUAUUUGCCAGGAGGUGAUGGGAUCAGUGGCCAUGAUCUUCGUUUUUUUGAUGUUGAGCUUCAGACCAUACAAACCCUACAAAGCCAUAAAAACAUUCCAAUCGGGGGUGGGGGAGAACACACCAAGACUAUUGUGCAAGUUGUGUUGCGCUGGCAGAACAGACACCACACUCACCUUGACCAUAUAUUUCUUAGUGUUGUUGCUCACAAGGGUGGGCCAUACUUCAUUUUCAGACCAAGUCUUAUGAUCCAUCCCAUUUUACUUUGCAGUCCAUCCUUUUCUCCUCCUCCUCCUCCUUCACGUAGCAUGCACGAGCCCUUGGGGACUGGUUGUGAGACACACCAAACACCAAUCUGACUAUAUGUUCCCUUGAACUGUCUGUAUAUACCAUUUUGCUUGUCACUCUGCCUGCAGGAGAUCAGCACCUGGGCUGAAGACAGCUGGCUAAAGUUUAAGCAAGUAAGGGCUGAUGGCGAUGAGAAGGGGCAGGCAGACAGCAAACUCUGCCAAACCUCUGACAGUGCUAUCCAUCAAAGGGAAUUUGGCGCCCAAAUAUAGGCACGACAUGAGUGUGCACCUGGUAAUCAGCCUUCAUGUCUUAAGACAAAGCAGCCACAACCCCAACCUCCUCCUUCUCCUUCUCCCACUACAGUGACUACUAUUGCUGCUGUUAUUACUAAUGUUGUCGUUGUGGCAUCUGUCUGUCUCAAGAGACAAUUGAGUGCGCCUCCGGGGGUGAAAAACCACUGAGUUAGCAGGACCAAAGUGACCUCCCUGGGGCAGUGUGUAUGGAGGUCCUGGGCUGCCCAGACGACAAGACCCCCCUCUCAGCCUCGCUGAUGGGGUCCAAAGGAAAGCGGAGCAAUACCUUUGCCACCAGCUUGGCUGUAGGAGAUGCUGGAAGGAGGUGUGCAAGGCACAAUGCAGCCGUCUUGGAGAUGGUUAUACCAUAUUGUUUUCAGAGGCUUGUGGUUGGUUGGUUGGUUGGUUGGUUGGUUGGUUGACUUGACUCAGCAUCCCCUGGAAAUAUGUAGUUUUAAUGAAGAAAUUCAUCGUCUUUAUCCAUAGCCUUCUCUUUCCAUGUUCUGCUUCAUGUUUUAUAAUAUGCCACUCCUUGGUCUCUCACUUUCAGUCAAUUUGUUAUUCAGUUUGAAGAAAAGAAUUCACACACAAACACACACACAUGAAUUUUUUUCUUCAAACUGGAAAACAAAACUAUAUCUCAUUCGUGUGUGUGUGUGUGUGUGUGUGUGUGUGUGUGUGUAAAGAGACCCCUGACCAUUAGGUCCAGUCAUGGCCGACUCUGGGGUUGUGGCACUCAUCUCGCUUUAUUGGCUGAGGGAGUCAGCGUACAGCGUCCGGGUCAUGUGGCCAGCAUGACUAAGCCGCUUCUGGCGAACCAGAGCAGUGCACAGAAGUGCCGUUUACCUUCCCGCCGGAGCGGUACCUUUUUAUCUACUUACAUUGGUGUGCUUUCGAACUGCUAGGUUGGCAGGAGCAGGGACCAAGCAAUGGGAGCUCACCAUGUUGCGGGGAUUCGAACUGCUGACCUUCCGAUCAGCAAGUCCUAGGCUCUGUGGUUUAGACCACAGCGCCACCCGCAUCUAUCUAUCUAUAUAUCUAUCUAUCUGAGCUAUUUAGUUGGGACUGAGAUGUAACCGAGUUUCAUGUCUUAGUUUUAAUAUUAAGACUGCAUACAGCAUCUUAAAAGGGCCAUAGCUCAAUGAUGGAGCAUCCUUGUUGCAUGCUGAAGGACCCAGCUUCAAUUCUCAGCAUCUCCAGGUAGCUCUCGGAGAGAUUCCUAUCUGAAAUCCCAAAGAGCCGCUGUUGGUCAAUGCAGAGAACCCAGAGCUAGUGCUUUGACACAUUAUAAGACAGUUGAUUUUCUGAAAAGGAAGACGAGGAAGCCAAAUUGAUGUGAUGUUUUUGCCCAUAGAGAAAUAUCAAUGAAAAACAUUGAAAGGCCUGUGUACAUUUUGUAGGAAAGUUCUGCUCACUCCUAGUCUGGUAUCUUUCAUAUUUUGCAUAGUUCACUGUGAAUGUUUCACUGUGGGAUAUGAAGUUCUACCCUUUACUGAAUCAGAUCAUUCAUCCACUUGGCUUGGUCCUGAGAACGCUGACUGGCAGCCAGAGUCUCUGUGGUCUUGGGGGCAGAGGUCUUUCUGAGCUCCUUUAACUAGAGUUGUCAGAACACUUCUAACUAGAAUUGUCAGUGAAGCAAGAGAACUUAUAUCUACAAAGCAUAGUGUCUGCUACCAAGCCCCCUUGUUAACUCUAUAAUCAGUCCAUUUGCUACCCACCCACCCCCAAGCAUUUUUUUAAACAACAAUUACACUUUGCAGUUGUUGUUUUUUUUAAAAAAAACUAUCAAGACUUUAUUUUGAAGUUCAAAUAACAAUCCAGUAAGAAAUAUGAAAUUAAUUAAAUAAAUCAAAAGAGGAAAAAGCAGUAUAGAAAACUAACAAAGCCAGGGUCCAUAACCAUUACCUCAUAAAACACAGUGCUUUCUCAAGGGUCUAUGCAGUAAAUUAGAUCUUACAACAAAAAGUGACCUGGUAGAAAAAGAAUGCAAAACAAAUGAUAUGAAUACCAAAUAAAGACAUAUUUCCAUAAUUAGCCGAUGAUAUAAAUAAACCAUGGCCACUAAAUAAGAGACAAAAUGUAUAGGUUUUGCUGCACCCUGAGAUAUGCUGAAUUUGUACAUCUUUCCAUCAGAGAUGAGCAUAAACAUUACUUAAUUGAACAAAAUAUUUAAAGGAAGGCCCAACAGCAAUAUGGUCAAAUGAGCUGCUACUAACAGAAAAAAUUAUAAGUGGUUUACAUACUAAAUCCAUAUUUGACUCAUCAAAAUUUGAUAAAAGGCAUCGUGUGAGGUUUAAAGGAACUGGUGCACCUAUUAUUUCAGAAAUUUCCUUCAUUACCUCUUCCCAAAAUUUGUACCAAGUCCAUCACAUGUAUGCUCCUCUUCUGUCAUGUUCCCUAUGUAGGAGAACCAAAUGUAGUUAUUUGUGCAAGACAGACUGGACUCAAGAAUCAUUGUUGGCUUGUUUUCAGUGAGUUUUUUUCGGGUAUUGUGGAGACAGAUCUAAAAGGGGUAGUAAUUUUUCACACUUCUUUUUUGGAGUGAGCAGGUUCAUUCAACUCAGCAGGGGCUUGUGAAGAGCUCUGAUAUAGAGUGGUACCUCGGGUUAAGUACUUAAUAAGUUCCGGAGGUCUGUUCUUAACCUGAAACUGUUCUUAACCUGAAGCACCACUUUAGCUAAUGGGGCCUCCCGCUGCUGCCGCGCCGCUGGAACAUCAUUUCUGUUCUCAUCCUGAAGCAAAGUUCUUAACCCGAGGUACUAUUUCUGGGUUAGCGGAGUCUGUAACCUGAAGCGUAUGUAACUGAGGUACCACUGUAUAGCAAGAGUCAUCUGCCACUCAGGGAUGCCCACACAGGUAUGGCAAGGCAGUGAAGAAUCUGGGUCAUCGUUGUAUAGGUGCAGCUGGCCCAGGCACUCCCAGUGCAGAAGUAGCCUUUUGGUCUGUGCUCAUGCUGAGCACGCCUGGCUGUUUUUGUUUGGCCAUUGCUGACCCAAAUGCCUCUCCCCAAAUACUCCUUUGCAAAUGCUUCUCACGUGGUUUCACUUUAGGCAGAACUCAAUGAAAAAUUCAAAAGGGAGCUGAGUGAAAGCCCUCUGAUAAAUUUUACAGCUUCACUGUAAAAUCAGAGCUUCCGUGAUGCCCUUUUAGCUUCUUUUGGAAUUAUUCCAAGCAAUUUUGCCCUAUCAGUCUUUGACUGUAGGAGGUAUCGUGGAUUGUUGUUGUUUAGUUGUUUAGUUGUGUCCGACUCUUCAUGACCCCAUGGACCAGAGCACGCCAGGCACUCCUGUCUUCCACUGCCUCCUGCAGUUUGGUCAAACUCAUGCUGGUAGCUUCAAGAACACUGUCCAACCAUCUCGUCCUCUGUCGUCCCCUUCUCCUUAUUCCCUCAAUCUUUCCCAACAUCAGGGUCUUUUCCAGGGAGUCUUCUCUUCUCAUGAGGUGGCCAAAGUAUUGGAGUCUCAGCUUCAGGAUCUGUCCUUCCAGUGAGCCCUCAGGGCUGAUUUCCUUCAGAAUGGAGAGGUUUGAUCUUCUUGCAGUCCAUGGGACUCUCAAGAGUCUCCUCCAGCACCAUAAUUCAAAAGCAUCAAUUCUUCGGCGAUCAGCCUUUUUUAUGGUCCAGCUCUCACUUCCAUACAUCACAACUGGGAAAACCAUAGCUUUAAUUAUACGGGUACAUCCUACAAAAACUGCAAGAAAUGUACACACGUUAUAAUACAUCUGUCAAAUGUUCCACACAUAUUCCUCCAUGGCUAUCUUAAGGGGGGGGAGGGGAAUGGUCACUUUGGAAUCAGUCCUUAUUUUUCUCAAUGCACUAUUUUCUUGCAAAAUUUUGCAUGGGUUCCGGCUUCCGACAAAGCAUUUCUGAUACUGAUAUCCCUUGGUUUGGAGGUGAAAGAAAUAUGACGUCGAAACUAACAUUUAAUGAAUUGGUAGAAUCCCAUUCCUCCUCCCUACCAGAAAAGCAGAGGCGGCCUAUAAACAUUACAGUUCUUGAGGGGAAACUGAGCGGAGGUGUGAGCUCUUCAGACCACAAAGGAAGAGUGUUCCGCCUUCCUUCAUAUUCUUGGCCCCAAACAACAGGCUGUUUCUUAAAUUGAUCCCACCCCAGCCAAAUGUCUUUUUCAACAUUUUGCAGCCCCCCUAAAGGAAGAAUCUUUGUUAGUCCAUCGUGUUGUAGAGACUUUAAGAAUUGCAAAGAGUUCUCAACUAGUGAGAGUGUUUAUUAUUAUAUCGCAGGACCUCCUAGGAAAUAUAUACAGUGAAUCAUCAUCAGAAGCUGCAGAUAACUUCUCCUGAGUUUACUGUUCCUGCUCCAGGCCCCCAUUUUGCAUUUCUUUGGAAGGGAUGCCUUUUGGUUGAGCGGUUCCAGGUUUUCUACCAGUACUUUUGUUUGUUUUACAUUUGGAGUGAUAGGAUGAAAGAGAUGUAUGUGUAUGUAGGAAAUAUAUUUUCCCUUAAAAAAAAAUUGGGGGAAGCCAAGUGCAGCUGUUUUUCUGUGCAGUUACGUGUGAUUCGUAGCCGGGACUCUCUCUUUUUUCUCAAAACAAGAUACUGUGAGCCAGGAAAAAAAUACCUUCUCAAGUGCAACAGUGACAGAUUGUACCUUCAUAAAGGACAAUCUUCUCUUGCCUGACUGGAAGAUAGAGGUGGAAGAACCAGUCUAGAUCCAGCCUGUGUCCCUUGCAGGUCCAUUCACUCCCAAGUCCAUGUGGAUUUAUUUAUUAUUUUUUUGAAGGUUCCACAUGCUUUCAAUCGACUUAAAUUGUUUUGGAAGAACUUACAAGUGAUCCACGUCUUCUGUGUUUUUGUUUGUUUGUUUUUAAACAACUGGCAAAAAGCUUCUGAAAGUGGUAGUGCAUAAUGAUCUGUGCCUUCCUGGGUAACUGUGCAGUGAAAAGGGUAGCUUCCCCCCUCCAUGUACCUAUUUAGGGGUAAACAACAAAAUGUGCUUUAGAAAACAUAAAUGGCCAUUGCUGGUCAGGAUUGCUGGUCACAAUCAGGAUUGUGUUGGGGUAGAAGCAGCCUCCCUGAGCACUGCUACCCUGACCCCCCUGACCCCCCCAACAGCUAUUUACGUUUUGAAAAACUAUAUUUUGUGCCAUUGGCGCUGUGUGAAAUGGCGGAGCUUCAUGCUCUGGCACUGGGGGCAGAGAGCAGGUGGGGGCGUGGCUGGCGCGCGUCCUGGAGGUGAGGCGUGCCACCUGUGGGGGCGUGGUGCCCAGCGUGGGGUGGGGGCAGCUGCGAUGGCACCCCACUAGGAUCAUGGUCCUCCGCCAGUGGCUGUGUGUGGUUUGAUCCUUUCUGCUCCUUCUGACGAUCUUGUCUUGCUCAGCAAAGUAUGUGACCGUAUCCUUUUUCCAAGCCGCCACGAUGGUACGAGUUGUCGUGGGGGCAUAUAAUAAUAAAAAUAAUGAAUAUUGUGGGUGUGGGGUUAUUGUUUUUGUUUGUUAUUAUGGCAUGUACAGUCAUACUUCGGGUUGAAGUAGCUUCGGGUUAAGCAUUUUCGGGUUGCGCUCUGCGGCAACCCGGAAGUAACGGAGCGUGUUACUUCCGGGUUUUGCCGCUCACGCAUGCGCAGACGCUCAAAAUGACGUCACGCACAGAAGCGGCAAAUCGUGACCCACGGAUGCGGGUUGCAUUCGCUUCAGGAUGCAAACGGGGCUCCGGAAUGGAUCCUGUUUGCAUCCAGAGGUACCACUGUAUUUUGUUUUUUCGUAUUGUAAACUGCUCUGUGAUCAUUGGAUGAAGGGCAGUGUAGAAAUUUAAUUAAUAAUAGCAAUAAUAGUAAUAAAUGUUGCCCCACAAACUGCACCAGGGUCGAGAGGCAACUCCCACCACACACACACACACACAAUAAGCUGUCAACAAGACUGAAAACUCAUGGCUUAAAAACAAAACACCAUGUUCUCAGAUGGAAUGGAAUCAGCUGAUGAGAAUAGACCAUUGCCAUACGCUCCGUCAAAUGUAGUGUCUACCAUUUAACGUAUAGAGUAUUAGCACCACGAUAACUUGUGACUCAUUUCCUCUCUCAGUACACAACAAGGGCAAAAGAAUAGGGAAAAGCUACAUGUAUUGUUUACAUUUGACUAUUUUAGCAUCUUUACAUCUUCGAGGCAUAUGAAUCAUUAGGCAGAAAGCUAUGUAAAUGUUUAAAGCUGCAACCCUGAACACAGAGACUCGGGCACGAAACCCAUCGAGCACAGCAGGGCUUCCUUCUGCGUAAACACACUUAGGCUUAUGCUGCGCAAAGGUUUUUGGGUAUCUCGGUUUUGUAUGGCCAUUUUUUACUUUUGCUCAGGAAUAUAUUACCAUUUUGGAGCCUAGUCUGGCUUGACUUGAAACAAAUUUAAGAUUACAAUUAAGAUAAAACUAAAACAAGCUACUCUUAGUUGACAAAAAUAAGACUGUCCUCCAUACAGGGGCGUGCACUGAUUUAAUUAAAUCAUUAAAAUGUUCCAUGUUUGCUUGCAGAAAAGACCUUACUCUCCGGCAAAGUUUACGUUAUAGUGUGUUUUUUUUAAGCUUCCAAAAUAGCCUUCUAAAAAUUAGUCUCAGGUGGAAAAAAUAAUUGAAUUGUGCAAAAUACUCUACACGGUAUUUAGUUCUGCAAGAGUAGUUUCACGUUACAGGGGAGGAGGGUACUGAAAGCGCUUUUUAGAAUUCUGUUAUAUCUGCAGCCUUUCUGGCAACUAAAUACAUGCACUUGGAUACAGGUGUAUGAAAUAGCAGUACAGAUAACAGACAAGAGAUAGCACUUGUAAAUUAUAGCUUAACUUUAUGGGGCAUUUUUUUGUUCUCUUUGCCCUCACCAAGACAUUUAUGAUGACAUCACUUUUAAUAUUCUUUGGGGGAGGGGGAACCAUUUCUCAUAUAUAUGAUCUCUUUUAUAUAUAUAUAUACGGUGGUACCUCAGGUUAAGUACUUAAUUCGUUCCGGAGGUCCGUACUUAACCUGAAACUGUUCUUAACCUGAAGCACCACUUUAGCUAAUGGGGCCUCCUGCUGCCGCCACACCGCUGGAGCCCGAUUUCUGUUUUCAUCCUGAAGCAAAGUUCUUAACCUGAAGCACUAUUUCUGGGUUAGUGGAGUCUGUAAUCUGAAGCGUAUGUAACCUGAAGCGUAUGUAACCUGAAGCGUAUGUAACCUGAGGUACCACUGUGUAUGUCUAUAUGUGUGUGUGUGUGUGUGCUCGCGAAUGGACAAUUGUUGUAAUUAUUAUUACAAUAGCAAUACAACGUUAAUAAGAACUCCAUCAGAGUCAAUCCUAGGGUUAAGGAUUCCCCCAUGAAUGAUGCAAAUCAAAUGAGGCUAUCCCUCCAGGUCGCCAUUUUGGGUGUUCUGUGGCCCAUUAGCCCCCAUCUAGGAUUUUGGGCAGAAUUCUGCCCCUGACCCCGGUAGUCCCUAGUUUCGAUCCCACAUAUGGAGGAUGCAGCACCCACCCACGCUUCAGCUUUUGACUAUUGAUCCAACCCAAUACCUUUUUCCGCCCUCACCUAAGCCCACUAGGGUCAUGAUUGGCCCAUUUAAAUUUUUAAAAAUAACGGGCCAGCCAGCCAGCUCCUACCUCUGACUGAGGCCAACCAUAGAAUUUAUCUCCAAAAUUUAUUAUUUAUACCCUGUGGAUUUAGACAGUGAUUAUGCAGAGGCUAGACUCUGUCCAGUCUUUAUUGAUCAUUAAUUCUGAUUCGCUCGUGAGGUGGUUAUGCAUCUCCCCCUCAAUUACUCAUUCACCCUACACUUUUAAAUGCAUUUCCCAUCAUUUUCCUAAUCACAAAAGGUAAGUUGUGGGGUUUUUAAAGUGGAUUUUAAUUCACUUUAACUGUGUGAACCAAAAUUUCUGGCACAUGCUUGAAUCCAUCCCAGGAAAUUGUGGCACUCAGGAGACAACAUGUGUCAUUAUUGAGUAAGUUUUAUAUGUGCACAGAUUUCUCUUGCUCGUUCUUUCAGUUCCUCUGUGUGUGUUGUUGCUACAUAGCACACUCAAUAUGUGUGACAUGGCAUAUCUCUCUCUAUAUAUAUCCAGGUAAUUGUGGAUCAUACUUCAGUGUCUGGCUUGGUGUGGCAAUUUGGCAUCUGUGCAGAAUGAAUGAAAUAUACUCUUGAGGCUUAGUCCAAAGGAAGUUAGGUCUGUGUGCCUUCAGGUUCAGGGGAAUAGAGUAUUUAACUGUGCACUAAACCCAUAUUAGUUUCAAUGAGACUUAAGCACACUUAAGCACACUCUUGACUGCUCUUCAUGAAUGUGUCAUUUUAUUUAUUUAAAGCAUUUUUACCAUGCUCUUCAGCUGAAAUAGAGCCUUGGGGGUGACUUGCAUUAGAUCAAAUCCCCUUUUCCUCCCUUAAAAAACACAAAGCUUGGCCUCCUGGUUCCUCAGCCAAAAAGGCUCCCAGAGCAGUCGACAUAAGGUCAUAAAAACAAGACAGUCCCUUGUUAGGAUAUUUCCGUUCCACCUUAAAAGGGAGCAGGCUUUGUGAGUCACAGAGUCUGCGCAUUUCCUGUUCACAGGAAGUUUAUGUUUUCUAUUGCUUUCGUUUUUCUCUGUGUCUGGAGACACUGAAGUAGGCAGUCAUGUUUUUCUUUGUUCUGAUCAAUGCUGAAUAAAACUUGUAAAUAAUGCUCUCCUGAGUGCGACUUUCGCUGUGCAUUAUCUGCUGACAGAGCAUGCAUUGAGUUCUGGAAUGUGGCAGGCUAUUUCUGGAGCUCAUGUCACUAAUUGCUGAUACUGCGUGUCUACGGGAGAUCGAUGGAUCGUCCGGCAGCCGGCUUGGGAGCCAUGAUGGACUUUGGCUCCCUGGCAGUAUCCCAACAUCCCUGCCCCAUAGGAUUACAGUCUUAAAGACACAACACAAAAGGAGGAAGGGGGUGAGAAAGGAAGAGGAAAGCAAGCAAGCAAGCGCCAAUUCUUAAAUCAACGUAAUUGUUUUUUAUAUAAUCAGUUUGAAUGUAAACAGUUCCAGGAGAGGAGGAGCCAAAUGGAGCUUGCGCUGGUGGAGGGGCCUGAAAUCCCAAUUCUCCCUCUGCUUCAUUCUGAUGAAAUUUUACACUGUUGUCCAUCCCUUAGAAAAAGAUAUUGCAGUAGUGAUUAUCUUUACCCACUAUUUAUUUGUAAAAUAUUUUUGCUAUUAGGUGAAUUGAUUGCUGCUCUGUAGCUGCACACAGACAUACAUCACUAUAUUGUGUUUUUUCCUACCCAGCACCCACUGACUUCACAGUGCAUUUGACAGGUGUAACUACCAGUGGUUUAAAGAGAGAUUUUAGUCAUCCGUUCUACUUUUUUCCUUUUUCACCAUAGUCUGGUGGGCUGUCCGCGCUUUUCUUCCCUUUAAAAGUACAAAGCACAGCAGGAACGUUUAUUAAUUUAAAUGUUAAUUCAUCCAUUAAAAAUAGAAUGUGUUUUUAAAAUUUAUUUUUAAAAAGAGCUUCAAAGUGGCUAGAGUAAGUGGAUUUGCAAGUGCACUGCCAGUUUUAGAUUCCUAGUUGCUCAAAUGAUGUGUGAGUAAGCCUGACAUGGAAGCCAUUAUUUGGGCCAGAAAGUUAAUACUUGACCCAUUUGGGCCUAGCUUAUUCUCUAGUAUGCUUCGUCUCUCUGCAGUUCCAUCUUCUGUGCAGAGUUUGGUGGUGGUGCUCAGGCUGAAUCUCUGUGUUCCUGUACAGAACAUUUCCCAGUAAGAUUCACUAUAGCCUUCAGUCCCUGCAAGAUGGCACCAGUGUUUCUUGAUGCCUUCAGUUAUCCAGCAUCAGUGACUGUCUCAUAUCAGGGCCGGCUGGGUGAGAAUGCCCAGCAGUUGUGGGGCAUGCGCAAUGGGGCAUGAUUAAAAGGCCCCAUAUCAGCUGUACCCCUCCUACAGUACAGUUUCCAAUACGUAGUCUCCUUGCAGUAAGCCUCAUCUUGCAGAACUACAACUCUACACGACUCCUGCAUCCAGACUGUGGAUGGCUUUGUAGGGCCAGUUUGCAGUGGUAAUACUGAAAUGAAUGGGACCACUUCCAUGAAAAAGGCUAACAUAUGUGCACAGUACACAACUGUCGGUCUGUUCUCUGAGAGACAUUAAGGCAUGUGCUUUGCAUUCUUCACUCCGUUCCAAAUAGUCUUAAUGAGUCCCUUCUGGUGUACACUGGGAGAAUUUAUUUCUAGCCUUAUUUUCCAAGUAUGCCUGGUAUGAACUUGAAACCCAAAUACAAGCUGCACGAAAGCCCCACUGUCUGCAGAUACUGCUUUAGUAUUUACAGAAGAACUAUAACUUCAAGUCCUUGAAGCAAAACAGCCAUGGCAGUUCAUGGAACAGUACACAGCUAGGAGUUAAUACAAGACCAGCCCACAGAUUAGGCACUGCUUUGAUUCAUCAAAGCCUGGACUGCCAACCGAGCUAUACAUCCCACAUCUCACAGUGCCUUAGCGGGAUGUUAUGGAUGCUGACAGACCAUCCGUUCUUAGAUUGAGGCUUUCUGAAUGAUUGGCUAAUACGUCAUCUAGGACUGAGCCAAUUUCACCCUAUUUCUCUGCUCCAUUUGUGGGCAACAAAAGUGAGGGGGUUAUUUUGCAUUUUGGGUGGUGAAUUUUGAGAGAAGGGGGGGAAGGAAAACCAACCUCCAUUGCCACUCUCAAAUUCUCAAUAGCACAGAUCAUCAUGUUGAAUUAAACAUAAUGUCUAGGGCUGGUGUAAAGGGUUGGCAUGAUAGAGCUUCUGUCAAGGGCCCACGCACCAAAGAUGGGUCCAGUGACAAGAACGUCUGCCACAGUGAAAAAGGGGCCCCAUGGAGAUGGUUUUGCCCAAAGGCUCUCCAAUUCCUGAAGCUGACAUUGAUUAUGCCCAUGGAACAAUGCUAUCUAACAUGAUAGCAUUGUUCCAAAUGGCAUUCUGUUAGAGGAGAGGGAUUGGGAGCUACUGGUGAAGACUGUCAUCUCCUCCUCUUGAAUGUCCUUCAACAAUGCUGUAUCACACUGUAGUGUCAUUCCCAAGGCAUACUGGAGAAUUAACUCUGGCGGUUGGCAGUAGGUGGCAGCUGGGAGGAGAGGAACCCUGUUUCCACAACCAUGGCUGUUCUUUCUGCUAAAGAGCAGUGUGGGGCAAACAGGGCCAGCCCACCAAAGACGCAAGGUGAGGUGACUUCCUCAGGUGGCAGGGGCAGCAGUUCCCAAUGUAGCUCUUCAGAAUUCAUAGCAUGAAGGGCUUUUUCACUGAAAGAUACACACAUUCAUACUCGUAGGUAGUUAGAUUAGUAAUUCUUAUUUUUUGGCUCAGGGAUGAGCUGGAGGAGGAGCAGGGUUUUUUGGAGGGGCUGACACUGAGGCUAUUGAAUGGUCUGCUCUAACAUCCAACACCCCUCUUUCAGGGAGUUUAAGGUCUUUGCAACGUCCAAUCCAUUUUCAGGCCAAGCUGGCUCCCUAAUUGAAGCGAUGAAUGUGAGCUGCAUAGCAGGAUAGUUUAUUGUGCAAAUCUCAUUAAUUUCUAUUGAGAACUUCCCAUUGUAUUGUGGGCUCUUGAAUAUAGCUCUUUAGUUAUCCAUGGGGAUAGAGGAGCUAGCCCCUAAACCGCCCUUCUUGUCCAAAAGCUGGACUGAAAAUAUAAAGGAUUCACAUACCAUGUGGCUUCCUAGCGCAAAGCAAAGGGGGAGCCCACGGUGUUCUUCAUCAGGAUAAUAUUAUAAGGAAUAUGAUGAGGAAAUGAGUGGGAUUUUUAUUGCCUUCAAAACUAUGGCUCCAGAUUUAAGGAGGAUUAUGAAUAAAGCUCUUUGAGGUGGGUACUAUGAUCGCAUAGUCCUGAAAAUUUUAUUUUGUGUGGUUUCAGAAAACAUUCCAGGAUAUUUCAUUAUUCAUUUUAUCUUAUUAUUGUGGUGUGAUGCUGGCUGAAGCUAUAAAAUGCAAAUUUGGCUUGAAGUCCAUUUUCACAUAAAGAUUCAGAAAUAUACAUAACAGCACACUGGUGCUUUUUUAAAAGCCUUUAUAUUUUUAACAGGAUACAUUGAAAGGUUUUAAUGGCACAACAUGGUUCCGCGUAAAAUGUUAAAAGGUAUGUGCUGAGUUACAAAAUAGGAGCUUGCAAAAUAGCGUAUUUGCUUACAUCUCGGGUGGAAAGCUUGGAGCCUGAUUCUCCAAACUUUUUGUUUUUGGGGGAAAACUUGCAGAAUUCUUUAACAUUUACCACUGCUGCUACUGCUGUGUCUACAGCAACACAUGAUGGUCUGAAAAAGUUCAAAGUACAGUGAAGGUGAUGUCCAUAGCUGGGCAACUAAGAAAAAGCACUCUUGUUUCAUGGAGUGCUCUUAUUCAGGGUCCCAGAUAGCCAGCCUCUUAAUUUUCAGGAUACUCCAUUCCAUUUCUGCCUGUGGGACAGAAAGGGAAGCCCUGUUCUAUUUAAGCAGAGAGAUAAAUUCCCUCUCUAAGACUCUGAAUCACCAAGUUGUUGAGCAUUUCAGGCUUCAGCUGCUUCUCCAGAGAGGAAAAAUGAGCUCCCUCUUGUACGAAGCAAAACAAAACUCCACAGUCUUGAGUCACAAUAUUAAACUUGAGCGCCUUGAAAUGUGAUUAUGACAGUGUCCAAUUUGGCUGCCGAAUAGAUUUUGGAUAUCUUCACUGUUAAAUUAGGUGAGGCAAGCGCUAAAACUUGGAUUGCACCUCUCCAGUGAGUGGACUUUCCCUCUAGACACUCGCUUUACAGGACACUAGGCUUGGGGAAUGAUUCUUCUCUUGCAUGUGGCAACUCUUUGCCCCAAUCCCCCCACCAGAACACCCCCCCAGGCAAUUGCAGCCAGCUAAUACUGUCUUAAACGGGGUAUAGUUAAGAGUGUUUCAUGGCAAGGCUUGGGGCAGAGACUCCUUUCUACUUAAAUUUUAGGCCUUUGGGACAUCUGCUUCAUUCUAGAAUGUCCCUGUGUCUUUUUACCCGGGUCACUGUUAGCUUUUCGUCUGCGUAGCGUCAUGGCUUGGAAGAACUUGCACAUUUUAGUGUGCACUACAUCAUGCUGAGUUUGUGAACUGAGCAGCACUUAAUAUUAAACGCAAAAGGCAUUCCCACUUAGGGUGAUUGAUUUGGAGCGCUUGUUUACUGUGAAGUAAAAGGAACUGCAGAUGUUUGAUGAAAGACACCAAACAUCUGCAUUUUCAAUACUGCACGGAGCACUGUGUAAGGGCAGCAGCAACAGCAAGAGCAGCAUUCACUUAAAAUUAAAAAAAGGAGCAGCAAAAAUUAAAUGAAGCAAAGGGCUCCUUUUCUUUAACCUCUUACAGGACUUGGACACUUUCCAUAGUUUAAUGUGGAAAAGGCCUGUUGCUAAAGAAGUGUAGUCAUAUGGUUUGCUUUGAAGAUGUGGGAGCAACGCAGGGCUGCCUGACGCAGGGGAGUGUCUCACAGAUGACAGAUAUGUUUGCUUUUCAUGGCUUUCUCCGUGCAACAGGCUAGGAUUAGAUCCAUCCAGUUAUCACCACUUCUUCCCAGAUGAGACAACCUUGCAUCCACACGGGAGCCUGAGUGAUCAGCGCAACAUCCAAUGAGUUCUAGCCUGGCUCUGAAACUUGACAAAAAGGGGAAAGCAGCUGCAGAGAGGGGUGUUGCUUAGGAAAGCCACAAGGCCAGGGAAGGGGGAAGCAGCCUCUCUUGUCCCAUUGCUUUGCCACUGAAAAUGCUUGGACUGUUGGAAGCAAACAGAGCUUUGAGAAUUAUUUGAUUGUUUUAAAGAUUGGUGUGCCGCCUUCCUAGGCAGCCCUCAUGAAAACUGAAACAGUAGUGAAUAUUUCAUUAUAUAUCAGUAAAACUACAAUCCCAGCCCUUUAGUAAAAGUAGCUUGAAAUGAAGUCUUUGGUGUUUGUUCAAAUGCCAGAAAAGUAGGGGCCCUGUCAACUCCUUUAAGGAGGGAGUUUCACAUAGUUGGGCCCACCACUGAAAAGGCCCUGCCUCUAGUGGUAUAGAUCUCAAUGGCGAGUCUAAAGCUGAUCCUAGGCUGUCCUCCAAAUGCCUGAUUUCAGUCUUGGAUAAAUCAGCAUACCUUACCAAUUUGGUAUUUAUUUGCUCCAGUGCGAAACAGAAUCAAAGGUUAAGAUAACUUACUAAAAAGGGGGGAAAUAUUUAAAGUACUGUAUGCAAAAAAGAAUUAAAUGCAACCAUUUCCCCUGAAAGAUAAUUUCUAUGUUUCUUCUACCUUUCAAAUGAGGUCUGCAUUUCUAUAUUUACAGUAUGUGGAAUCAUAGACUCAUAAUACUGAAGAAUUGAAAGGUACCACACGGGUCUUUUGCCCAGUGUGGGGCUCAAAGACACAACCCUGAGAUUUAAGAGUCUCAUGCUCUCCCAAACGGCGCAUGUACUACAUGGCCCUUCAAAAUUGGGACGCAGAUCUACCCUAAACCUGAACUUGCUUGGGUUUGUGGCCUACCUACAAGGAAAUAAACACAGUGAGAUGUUUCACAGACCUGGAUUUUGUUGCAGUCAUUUCCUGUUUCGGAGAAAAGAGAUUCUCACUUUAAACAACCUUAUAGGGACACUUAACAUGGCCUGUCUUUGUCUCUGUGAAUACAUCCCUGGCACCACCAGCAGCUUCAGAUGUGAUUGAUUUACUGCACAGACAUCAUUCCUAUGCACACAAAAAAGUAUGCAAACUUAAUUUGGAUUGUCAUAUGUGUUGAAUUCACAACGUAUCUAUUUUGCUUUAUAUAGACAUGCUUUGGAAAGCUAUGGCUUCUCAACCUUUAUACAUGCACCAAAAUAGUGGAAUGAUAGUCACAAAUUGGCACACAGCUGGCAUGUGCCCCCCCCCCUUCCACCAGACUGAAAUGUUGUCAUUUUAGAAAAUUUGUCACGUUUUUGAUGCAAUCCUAAGAUUUUUGGGAAAAAUUGGCUUGUCUAACAUGUUGCAUAUUGAACACUAGAGGGAGCCAAUGUCUGUGUGUUUUCUUCAUAUAAAUUCAAACCUUCUGUCCCUUAUUGCUAUGGAAAUGUUUCUUAAAAGAUGUGUUGGUUUCUAAAUGUGGCCCUUCCACUCCCAGUGCUUCUGGGUUCUCUCUCUCUCUCUCUCUCUCUCUCUCCCACCCCAGUAUUAGCAAAGUUUCCCAAUUUGCCAACAUUAUUUAAAAAGGUAAAGGGACCCCUGACCAUUAGGUCCAGUCGUGGCCGACUGUGGGGUUGCGGCGCUCAUCUCGCUUUAUUGGCCGAGGGAGCCAGCGUACAGCUUCCGGGAUAUGUGGCCAGCAUGACUAAGCCGCUUCUGGCGAACCAGAGCAGCGCACGGAAACGCCGUUUACCUUCCCACCAGAGCGGUACCUAUUUAUCUACUUGCACUUUGAGGUGCUUUCGAACUGCUAGGUUGGCAGGAGCAGGGACUGAGCAACGGGAGCUCACCCCGUCACGGGGAUUCGAACCAUCUACCUAAUUAUCGGCAAGCCCUAGGCUCUGUGGUUUAACCCACAGCGCCACCCACAUCCCUUAACAUUAUUUAGGCCAUGUAUAAUUUUCUACACUGACUUUAUGGCACAACAUUCAUAGUUGGGGGUUCAUAAUUGGGGGUGGAGAAUCAAAUCCUUCCAGAGCAGCUCUAGAAUUCAGUCUGCUUAAGCAGCAGAAAAUGUUGUAUGGGAUGAAGCAAGGGGAAAGAAAGAGCAGUUCUCCCCAAGAAAUGGGGACCUGAUCCGGCUUGAAAGCAGAAGAUUGCCCGAUGCAGGUUUGCCAGCUGAUAGCUUUGCCAAAGAGGAAGAGUUUCUUUUUUACAACCUUUUCUUAUUUUUGUGAUGGGGCUACUUGAUAUGCUGGAAUUGUGGGUCCCUCUUCAGCAACAGAAAGGGAUAAAGAUGGGGCAGAAGUCGGAUGGAGAGAGAUGAGGUGUCCUUUCUGUUCAAAAGAUUCCCAUUCGCUAAAGUGAAAAGCAUCACUUUUUGUCCUCAAGUUGGGCAUAAGCAUUAAAAUAAAGGCUACAAAUAUUACUGAAAGUGUUCAGGUGUCAUGGACCUGCUGGAUGCUGAGGGGUGGUGGGAGGCACCAGUUGGGGAGCCCCCAAAGGAAGAAGCCUCAGAGCCAGGGAUUGAUGGUGGGACAACGAGGAGUUGUCAGAGGGAGAAGAGAGAGCAGACUGGGAGGAGGAGGUGUCUGAAGCUGAAGAGGCAACAGGGUUGAGUGAGCAGGAAGAGGCUGGGACAGAGAGCAGUGCAGAAGCAGAGACUGGAGAGGAGGGGAGACAAGAGGCAGAGUUGAGAUAGGCUGCUGAAGAGACAAUGCGGUACCCCCCUACUGUUACAAUCAGCUCCCCUCCCACUGGUUUCCCAGCACUAGAAGAGGUAUGAAGAGAGCGGAGCAAAGACAGAUGUGUUGAUGGAGUCUCAGAUUCCUUGGGAGCCAGUGUGGUGGUGUGGUUAAGAGCGGUAGACUCGUAAUCUGGUGAACCGGGUUCGCGUCUCUGCUCCUCCACAUGCAACUGCUGGGUGACCUUGGGCUAGUCACACUUCUCUGAAGUCUCUCAGCCCCACUCACCUCACAGAGUGUUUGUUGUGGGGGAGGAAGGGAAAGGAGAUUGUGAGCCACUUUGAGACUCCUUCGGGUAGUGAUAAAGUGGGAUAUCAAAUCCAAACUCUUCUUCUUCUUGGGAUGGACCUGGGGGAGUAGGAGGCUUACACAACUGUGGGAAUGCCUGGACCUUCAGUCCCCACAACUGCCUCAUAGGGACAAGAUCUACCAGGAAGAGUUGCUGUACUCACUAGGCCUAGCCUCCUGAGCUGUUUGUUUCUUUGAAUAAAGAUUUAACUUCACUGAUGCUGUGUGAGUUAUUACUGACCUGCUCCUGGCACCUGCCUCUAACAUCAGGUAUUAAAAGAUUUUAAACAGUGCCUGCUAGGAAGAGUUGGCCUUAAAUCCAUAGGAAAUGGGUUCUAAAAACACAUCUUCCUUUUUGUUGUCCUGGUGAAGGAGGCGGCGAGAUUAACAUAAUAACUUUGGGGCUUUUCUGGCAGGAGCCUCAGCCUGUUGAAACUCACUGAUUAGUUAUUGUGGGGCAGAAGGAGGGAGUGACCUUUUAGGUCACCAUAUCUUGGCUUAACGCUUCCAGAAGAAAUAUGAUGCUGUUUCAUUUAGAUUUACAAAUGAUAAGGGAGCAUGGUAAAAAUUUACAGUGAAGGAGACAGCAAGCAACCGAUUUAACAGGAGGUGUUGCAGGUCAGCUUACUUGAACUUGCCCUGGCUAAAGCCUCUCUAGGCCAAACCAGAAUUUUCCUUCUCAGGUAUGGGCAACCAUUGCAAAAGCUGGAUUUUAGGGGCACUGUACUUCAUAACAGUUGCUAGGAUCCAAGCCAAUGUGACAAUUUUGUUGUUGUUGCAAAAAACUAAACUAAACCCAGUCUUUCAUUCGCUUUCCCCCUACCCUGUCAUUUGGGGUGUUCUCUACAGGUCCUGCGUGACAGACAUGUGUGAGUGCCCUGUUCAUAAAAACUGCUACUGUGAGUCCUUUCUCGCCUAUGCUAGAGCCUGUCAAAGGGAAGGUCUGAAAGUUCACUGGAAACCUGAGCAGAAUUGUGCUGGUAAGUGUGACGCACUGAUUACUUCAUUGCAACUGCAAAUACAUUUCAUACUGUGCCCAUGUAACAAAACCUGGUUUUCGCUCCUGGCUUCUCUACUUAAUUCUCCUCCUCUCUUCACCCAACCCAUGGGCCAGCAGUUUUGCAACACGAGGGGCUGAUUUGGAGUGGAGAAGUGGUAGGCAGGGAAAGGUUUAAGCAUCCCCACCCCAAAGCUGGUCGUUCCCCCAACCCCAGCUGAAAUAGCCCUUAGGCAACAGGCUUGCAACACAGUUCUGCCCCAAAUGCACAAUCUGGCAGCUUGCAGUAUUGCAGCUCUGUUAGAGCAGAGAUGGCUAAAUGGUUCCCAGGUGCUGAAAUCCAGUGGCCAGCCGGCAUGCAUUGUGCUCUUUGGAGAGAAUACAGGAAGCGUGUCUGACAAGUGAGAUUCCAGCAACUUUGUACUAACAAGCCCAUUGUAAAACUUAGCAUCGGGUACCUAUUUCACUUGUCUGAGUCUGCUGGAAGAACAGAGGGGCGAGUAGCGCAAGGAUCACAGGACUGUAAUCGUGAAAGACUCUAGCUGAUUACUGACAUUUCCUGGACUGCUUGCUCGCUCAUGUGGAAGCACAGAUGCAAUCGAUCUUUCUUCAUAGGAAGCGAGAAAUGAAUGGCAAUCUGUGGUGGAAAAACACAGCUGAUCUGCAUCUAUUUUAUUCAUUAAACUGACUAGUCAUGCAAUCCACUAAUCAUUUAAAUCCAAGUGCUUGCAAUUAAGUACUCCAAAAAGCACUCCAAAAAGUUUUGGUGGAGCAUGGAACAGAUUUAUCCCACUGUACUCAUCCCCUUAUGUGUUUUGGGCCAUUCCUGGCAAGCAUGGCAAAACACCCAGAAUCCUCCAGUGGGGAAGGAGAGUGAUGGGGAUUUUGACCACCUGCCAUGCUCCUUUCAGAGUAGUUUGCCCACGUUUGGUCCUCCCCUCCUGUACUCAGCUCUCAGCACGGGCACAGUAUGUUCCCUUCGCCACAGAAUCCUAGGAAAUAAGAGAAAAUUAGAAGCAAAUUGCUUAAAACAUAAAACCUUGUUCAGAUAGCAUGAAACAGUAGCAUAAAACACAACUUUGAGAGGAAGAGCAUUGAAUGGAGACAUUGCAAACCCUCAUAGAUUGCUUUAUAAAGUAAUCCUUGGGCCUAAUUUCUUUAUAUGAAAAGAGAGGGAGAAAAGGUAGUGUAGCACACAAUCGUGUUUUUUAAAAUAUAAAUUGGGAUCAGGCAAGGAAAGGCAAAAUUUUGAUGUUUCAAAUUAACCGUAAUUGGAACUCGUAAUGGCAAAAUUAAAAACAUACCAGUUUAAGUGUCAUCCGUUUUGUUUUCUGAUUUUCUGUUUUUGCAUUAACUUGUAUUAUGAUUAAGAAAGGGAUAAAAGGUGUUGAUUGAUUCCAGUUCUGAGGUAAAUUAGGGAGAUAUAGGUACAUAUAGAUAGAUAUAGAUAUAGAUAUAGAUAUAGAUAUAGAUAUAGAUAUAGAUAUCCCUUUUGGAAUGAACAAAAAUGAUGCUAAAAUACAGUGGUGCCUCGCAAGACGAAAUUAAUCCGUUCCGCGAGAGUCUUCGUCUAGCGGUUUUUUCGUCUUGCGAAGCAAGCCCAUUGACGGAUUAGCGCUAUUAGCGCUAUUAGCGGUUUAGCGGCUAUUAAAGGCUUAAAGGCUUAGGGGAUUAGCUGCUAAAAGGCUAUUAAAGGCUAUUAAAGGCUUAGCAGAUUAGAUAAAGGGGAAAAGCGAAAAAAAUCUCAAGACUCGCAAGGUAUUUUCGUCUUGCGAAGCAAGCCCAUAGGGGAAUUCGUCCUGCGAAGCAACUUCAAAACGGAAAACCCUUUCGUCUAGCGGUUUUUCCGUCUUGCGAGGCAUUCGUCUUGCGGGGCACCACUGUAUAUGCAGGUUGAUUUUUGGUGUGCAAUUUAAGAAGACUUGGAGACUGAUUUUGCCUGUUGCAGGCCCACAGGGGUCAUUUUACUGGCCCCCGAGCCACCCCUGAACCGAGCUGCCCGCUCAGCGAGUCCCCGUGUGCUGCGCUAAACCAGCGCGGUGCAGGGACUCACUUUCGCGGCACCGGAAAUCGCGUCUGCGCAGAUGCUGGAAAUCGCAGGCGUUCAUGCCCGCCUGCAAUCCAGCCCACAGAGGGGCUCCUUGCCACCCCCUUCUAUAUGCAGUGUUAAAACAACUAUUCAUCGAAUUUCUGAGAAGCAGGAAAGAGCAGCUGACUCUCAUAUCUCUUAGACACAUAUCUCUUAGACAAUUUCCGGGCUGAGGCCUCUAAAGCAUUUCGCCUUGUUUCCUUGACAUUUACAGUAAAUGUUCCACUGAGAAAUUGCAAUAAAAAACACUGCGCCGUUGUGCCAUAAUAUUACAAAAUAUGGGAUAUGGUAAAACCCAUGGGUAUAAUUUUAAGCGAUGACAUUCCUCUUUCUUUGAAUUAUCUUCCAGCCACCCAAUGUAAACAUGGUGCCGUCUAUGAUACCUGCGGUCCUGGAUGCGUGAAAACAUGCGACAACUGGAACGAGAUUGGUCCCUGCAAUAAACCGUGCAUCGCAGGCUGCCACUGCCCUGCAAACUUAGUCCACCACAAAGGACGAUGCAUCAAACCCAUUCUCUGUCCACAGCGGUGA